AGUCCGCCCGUGUUCAACUCCACCCAGCAAAUUGGUUUCCUAUCACAACUCAGAAUGCUUGAGCACGCCUGUGGUCUCGUGUUCUACGGAAAAUUUUCUUGUUCCAGGAUAAAGAGGAUCAUUUUCGAUGCUGGAAAGUUUUUGUUGGAAGUAAAAUUUUCGGCAGAUCGCUAUCAUGAUUGCGGAUCACAUUUGAAGUAUAUAUAAGCGCCUCUUUCUCUGGCAGCAGGCAAUAAGCGAUGCGUUGGCUCUCCUCGCAGUAGGGGCGAUGGGUAAAUCAUUCAUUCAUUCAUAUGUGAAAUAUAGCAUGAGAGGAUUUGCUAGGGGUGUGCAGGUGCGUGUAGUUGCAAGAGAAAAAAAUCGUCCUUCAACUGGACAGACGUUGAAAAUGAAGGUUGUUGCUUUGGAUGUCGGCAGGGAGGAUGUCGACGGAGCAGCUGCUAGAAAGUUUUUUAAAAGGAAGACCAAUGGAGGAAGGCCGCGGAAACUAAAGGAAAAAGCGUGAUACAUAGUCAAAGCCGUGGCCCUCUCCUGAAGCUACAAGUAAGUCCGCCCAAAGGGUAUAAAGCCGCCCCGCCCCACCUUUGACUUCGUCGUAGCUAUUUGCAGGACGCGCGGCCCAGACCCGGACUAUCAAAGCUGCUCGUCCGACGCUAACCUGCAGAAGUAUGUAUACUUUUUUCUUUUAGGAGUGGUAGAUUAUGAGAACUUGGGACUCUACUUUUGAAUUUGCUGCAUUCUUUGGGUCGUUCCUGAGCAGGUCAAAAACGAGGUCUUUUUGGAAAAAUAAACGAAACUUGAUUUAUUUUUGUUCCAGGCCGCCACACGAAGAGACCCGCGAAGCGACGAGCCCAGAUUCAUCCGGAGAAGAGCACAACGUUAUCAAGAGCAAACAUGUUUUAUUUAGGUCUGGAAGUUGGAAGAUUGCAAGGCUGUCGUGCUGGUCUCAGUCUCACAUGACUCUCUUUAUUUUAAAUAUGUAACGCAUGAGCAGGAAGAUAGCUUCCUAGCUGUGAUACAAAACUGCAGUUUGUACUGCAGAAAGUGAAAGAACAAACGGGAACGCAAAAACUUUACACGCGUAGCUGCGGUUCUUCGCAGUGCGCUCCCUAUUUUACUAACGGGAAAAGUUCAAGAAUAAGAAUUUCAACAAAAAAAUCAUCACUGGCCCUUGAGCAAUCCCAGGGGCGGGCGCCCGGUUGCUGGUUCGAGGGCAGGAUUGCUGGAAGGCCGAGCGGCGGCAGGGCACAUCAGCAGGCCCUGUCGGUCCAGAAAGCGGAGCACCCCGUCGAGUCCGCAGGCGAGCCUGUUUCUGGUGGCAUUUCAGUGAAAACACAAGAAAAGCCUCUCCGGCGCCCGACGUCUUGCCUCAUUCUUUCCUAAUGAAGGCACUCCCCUCCACGCACUGAAUUAGUUAACUUCGCCCGGUCUACUUGAGCCAGUCUUUUUAACAUGAAGAGCCUUCAUCAUUCGCACAAAACAGACUUACUUAGGCGCCGGCUUUGGCGCUCUACUUUCUUGUAGGUCUACAGGGGCUGCUGAAUGAAAUAUAGGACCCGAGGCUGCUGAAAUACAGCUCAUGAAGGAGUGGCCCCACAAAGAUACAGAAAAGGCCUCCGACACAGGUAGCAUGUAGCUUCUGCGCUUUACAACAAUGAGACACCAGCCUGGCCGUUAUCUAAAAUCUCAAGAAUACCAACAAGGGGGACCUCCCAAAGGGGGUCCCUAAAUCCGUAUUCUUGAGAUUUUAGAUUAGUGCCAAAUCGAGGGAAUCAGGUGCAUCUAAAAUCUCAAGAAUACCAACAAGGGGGUCCGCCCAAGACACCUCCCCGAAGAGGGGUUUUCGGGGAGGUGUCUUGGUUUGGGGCUCGUUUCGCACCCCCAUCCGAUCAGCCAAAUCGACCGACUCAGGUGCAUCUAAAAUCUCAAGAAUACCAGAAAAGGGGUCGCCAAGUGGCCAACGCCCGGCCCGCCUUUUGGGGCCCCUUGAUUUUGGCCAAAUCGACCGACUCAGGUGCAUCUAAAAUCUCAAGAAUACCAAAAAGUGGGCAACUUUGGGGCCCGCGCAAAAGUUCGUCGGAAUAGGCACAACUUCCAGGCCCCUGCCAAACGUCCGAGAUGAACUCCCUUAGUGUGUGGCGAUUAGUGCUCUACUUUGUGGAGGUUAGUACUUUACUGCGUCCGAUGUCCCGUUCGGGCGCAGGAAGGCUUCCUCCGCUUCAGUGCCAUAGCAGGACCUUUCUGAAAGCAGCCCGACCGAAUGCGUUGCGCGGCCUUUGCUCCCCGCCCCCUGUUAGUGCGUGUUUUCCGAAAAAGGGGAUGAGUGGCGUUUGCAAAUAAAACAGCACAGCGUAGCUGCGGUUCUUCGCAGUGCGCUCCCUAUUUACAAACUUGCAUAUAGAAGUUUCCAAUCUGAGGCAGAUUUGCAAUGCAUACACGUACUAGCCCUCGCCCGAGUUGAUGCAAGCCACUUGAUGCAAGCCGUCCAGCAGAUGUUCAGCAACGAAAUGGAAAUACAGAGUUAGAGGACAAGAAAUAAAAUCCCAAUAUUUAAUAUAAUUUGUACGAUUAACAAGUAGAUGAAACAUGAAGUAUAGGUGCUAUAAUAUUUAACAUGUAAGAUCAAGAUGUAGAAGAUUUAAAGAAAGGCGGUCGCAAGGGAUUAACAAGAUAUAGCACACCCGAUAUUGGUAGGGCAGCGGCCGAUAUAAUAUCAAGUAGCAGCGCCUGACUGUAUAGAAACUACAAUGAUCAAGGUGAAGUACUCAAUCUCAAUGAAGACCAUCUCGAAGGCCACGAGUGUAUGUACCUCGUUAAAUUUUUGAUUGGUGUCAAACUGUAGUACAGCUCGCCACCGGACGUCUCUGCCAUGUACGUGUACCGAAAGAAAAAUUCGUUGUACUUAGUCGUGCGCUCGUGGCCGCUUUUAUUGUGUGCCGCUAGUUAGUACCUGUGCUUAGUAUUGCUUGUCGCCAUCUAGGAGUACGUAGGGGCGCCAGGGAGCAAGCAGUAUUUAUAAUCCAAGUGGUGCAAUAAAUUCAGUGUUGGAAGUGGAUUUGCCUUUCGUGCGUUCUUCAUAGCAGAUCAUUGUUUCAUUCUCUCAUGUAAGAACACUUUUUGUCGGUUACUGUUUCCUGCGCUGUUGGUUGUAAUUAGAAAAAGAGCUAUGUUGCUAGAUGCACGCUUCUAUGAAAAUUUUCGUUGUCGCUGUGAAGUGCAUUUGAUGUGAGAAUACCAUAUUCUCUCUAUUAGCACUUCUGCCAGAGCGUGAUUAUUAUCGAAGCAGUAGUGGCUCGGAAAUCGUCAGAAAAGAAGUAAUGUGCGCUUUAUUUUGCAUGAGGUUCUAUUACGCCCUACAACACACUUGGGCGAUGGUUCGCAAGGGCGGCUUCCAUCACGUUGUGCGGACUAAUUCUAGACCGUACAAAUAAACUGAAAUGAGGGUCCUGGGAGGUCGGAUAGAGUCGAAUGGAACAACAGGACAAGUGCAGUUGUUCGCCAGUAGCGGCGCAACUAAGCAACAUCGGACAUUGGGUCUGGGCGUGAUAAAACGAGUCCUUCCUGACAGUUUUUGGUCAGGCGUCGUUAAGAUUUACUUGCAGCUAAGUAGCUAUUAGCGGCGAGUGGCGCCAAAUCGUCACCUUAUGGGCCUGUAGAGGAGUUGUCGUAAAGCGACCGCGCGGCCGGCUACGGCCUACGUAGCUGCGGGACACUUUACUUGGUGGGAGGCCGCCUUACUUUCCGGCUUGUCCGUCACACUGUGGACAUUUGCUCGGGCGGGUAGACGGUGGAAGGAGCUCUGGCCGCUGAUUUUUUUUUGAAAUUGAUGGGGUUUAGUUUUGCGUCGGUCUGCAGAAGGCCUUCGGAUGCUCGCUUUUUUUGUGGGAAGAGUGUUUCGUAGAGCGGCCGCCCCUCGGUAUCGUCGGCUGGCCCUGAGCUGGCUUGUCCGGGGGGGCUGGCCACACGGUUCCAGUUUUUUGUCGGGGCGGUAGAGCGUGCCCCACGUGGGAAUGCUCUGUCUAUGUGUGAGACAAGGAUGUGACCCAAUGGGGCAGGGCCAGCCAGUGAAGAUAAUUCGUCCCGCACGAUGACAAGGGGGGACACAAGUUGGGCACGCAGUCUAAUUCUGACAGCGCUGGGCCGGACCACCUAGCAAGAGCGAAUCUCGGACGCAGAAAAAAUCUACAGGUGAAUCUGGCCCGACCAAAAGACACGCUUUUAUUUGCUAUGCAACGGCGGUGAAGCGUUUCACCUGUGGCCGUAUUUUUAAAUAUUGCGCACAUUACCUCGCACGCCCCGGCGCCCCGAACGACGUCCCUUUCCAUAAUCGUUGGGGAAGGUUCUUCACUCACAGAUGCCGGUUAUGACACUGCAGACUCCGACCCGUCCCCCCCCAGAUAAUAAAAACAGGUUACUCGGAACUGCAACGGAAGCUGCAUCACGAUAAAAAUGGAAUUAGCAUGCAAAGUCGUAAAGUAGAAGCAAGCUAUCGCUAUGCUCAGCAUUUUUGCAGUCUGUCUGUGUGAAGAAAGGAACGUUGUCACGCACAAAUUCCCGAGAGCAGACCCGAGUUGCAUACACCUGGGCAUAAGUUUGCGAGACACGAUAGCGAUAGUAUUGUAUGAAAAAAGUUUUCCCUGUAUAGGAUUUUGCAAGUUUUGCAUCAGGGUUUUGUUUUGCUUUGUUUUCCAUGCGAGUUUCCUAAGAGCACACACACAGCUAUUGUUUUGCAUGCAUAGCAACGCAAGUAGUUCUGGGAUACACGACCUUCUUUCGAUCGGGAGGGUGGUUUCUGCAUUCCCAUAUCUUGCGCCAUGACGCCUGCUCCUCGACAGAUCGCCACAGACGGGCCGGCCUCAGUGCACUGGUGCCAGACAAUCAUAUCCUGUUAUCAAAUGUAAAAUUAUGUCUGGGUGAUGUGUGGUUAUGGACGAUGAGGGUCCUCGUUGCCAGCUACAACGAGGACACCCCUGAAGAUGAGCCUUGUGAUGCGUGUUGCGGCUGAGCCAUGCUGCUGUUGCCUUUUCAUUCUUUCAAAAACGCGGCUUUUUUAUUUCAUGCGUCUUACGCACCGCACAGCCUUCGAAAAUUUGCCACUCUCGGAAAAAUCGUGUGCGGGUCAACACCUCAACCUUGUUUCAACAAGCAGAGAGUUGUACCUACAAAUUCACCAUAGAGUAGUCAUGGUCAUCGUCCAGACCACCCACAAGUAGACUACACCUGGAUUUGCAAUGCAUACCCCGCGGAAAACGAAACUUCUCCCCGGCGCCAAUCUAUCCAGAGUGAAGAUGUGAUUUUUGUAUAACAGUGGAAAAGGACGAGGACGAGGACCAGUUCCAGUCAGUUUCCUCAUUUGUUAUGCACAAGUACAAGUCCACCUCCACUCAUUGUCUUUUCGCCAGUACUUGCGUGACAGGCUAUAGCACUGCAGUCCGUGGUGCGUGGACUUUGUCCCGCAAACAUGUUGUAACGGUGCCCCUGUUUUGAUUUUGUUUUCUCUGUUGCUGCGAGGAAGAGAGCGGAAGUGGUGGUCCGCUGUAAAAAGUUUGCGCCCCACUGACACUGACAGACACAGAAGCUUUAGCAGCUUAACGAACUCUGCAUGGCAAGGAACAAGUGUGAACUACAACGCAUUAUGGGAGUUUUUUUUAUCUUGCUUAUAACAUCUAGGUAGCAACGCAGGAGGCAUGAUGGCAUCUUCACAUUUUGCGACAGAUCUUUCUAAAGUUGCAACACGCCGCGCAUCACAAAAAUCCACGCUGGGUUGGGUUUCAUGUUUGUAAUACGGGAUAAGCGAAGGAGCAGUGCUACUGCUACCCCCAGUUAUCAAAUGCGAAUAUGUCUGGGUCUGGAAGAUUCUAAACUUGUGAUGCUGCCUCUGGAUUCUCAAAAAUUUGUAUUGCAUGACCAGCAAGACGAGGACAUGCUAGGGCCCACAUCACAGAGAUCAUGACAAGCCUGGCAAUCUUCAAGACCCACACACUUUUGCAAUCCAUACCAGUGCCCGCAAAACGAAAACCUGGCCUCCGCGUGCGUCGUGCCGUAUAUCCUGUUGAAGAACGACACCCCCAUCCCAUAACUUACACUGUUGCGCAUGAACUGUUUGGGCCUCUCAUUUUGCAGUCGUGUUUUUCUAGCUAGAAGACUUCUACCCGCGUCGAAAGUCACACACGGUCGUAUCCUGAUUCUAAUAUCGAGAGAAACCAGCCACCCCCCGGCGGAGGCCGCCGGGGAGGGAGGCUGUUCGGGGAAGGUGUACCGGUGGGGAAGGUGGGGACAAGGGUAGCGCGCCGCUGCGCAGCCAAAAAGGCAGUCGAGGCCGCGCCGGCCGCUCUGACGGGUUUGGCCCAGAAAGCGCAGCGCACACGCGCACGCAGCGAUACCGGCUCGGCCUGCGUUCUUUGUUUCCGAAAAAAGCAGUGCCCGGGGCCGGAGCUUGGUGGCCUUUCUUGGGGGGGUAGUCUGUUGGAGGCGUGCGCCCUGAACAAGAGGGCGGAGUGCGUCCAAAAAGUAGCGAACUGGAAUAAGCUUAGUGGCGAGCACGCCGCGAGGCGAGCACGUGCAUGCGAAAUUGUAGACAACGGGCACAGAAAGACUUUCGCUGCUUUGGCUGCCGCACCUGUUGCCCGCGCGCGGGCGCUGUGUGAAGUUGCGGCCACCCUAGGUGGCUGCCUACGUUAAGGCGUGUCGCCGCGCCCCCCCCGGGGGACGCAGAGCGGCGCAUUCACUUUGAACAGCCGCCCUGGUCUGUAGAGAGUCAAAAGACUUGCAGACCAUAAGCUGUAGGCCCCAGCUGGUUUCGCUCCUACUUUAAGACGCAGGUACUGCGCGCAGGCGGGCGAACUGCACUGGGGGGGGCGGUUGCGGUAGAGAUUCAGGGAGAGGGUCCGGGAGAGGGUCCCGGAGAGGGUCCGGGAGAGGGUCGGGGAGAGGUUCGGAGAGGGUCCCGAAGAGGGUCCGGGAGAGGGUCGGAGAGGUCCCGAGAGGGUCCGCCGAGAGGUAAAAUAGAGGUUCCCGGAGAGGAUCGGGGUAGAGGGUCACCUAGAGGGUCGCCCUAUACUACGCACCCUCUCUGACCCUCUCGACCCUCUCCCCCUACCCUCUAUUUGACCUCUGUCCACCCUCUGCCUACCCUCUUCGGGCGUAUAGCGCCGGUAUACGGGCCGAUAUACUGCCCACCCUCUCCCUGCCCUUUCCUUUACCUCUCGCUUUACCUCUCCCCGACCCUCUAUUUUUCCCCGACCCUCUAUUUUACCUCUACGACACCUCUCUCCACCCUCUACCGGAACCUCUCCGGCCCCAAAGUUUGCCUUAUAUAAAUAUAGUAAUUGAAGGUGAAGAAGCUUCAAGGUAGUAUUAGGGAGUGCUAACGCUCCUCAUGGAGCUGCGCAUGAGAGGUAAUUGAGGUUUGUAAAUUAAAAUUUGGCUGACAGCUAUGGUGUUGGCUCGCUUCUCCUAUGAAUGUGUCAGGUUUGAAAUCGUCAAAGUUGAAAUAGUUUGUCAUGCAUAAAACGGAUACCAGUUAGACAUACAAUUUGUAGUAGGUGCGUGACAAAUUUCCCCGGUCCUGGAAGCGAGUCUGUCAUGCGGUUUAGGGCAAAAGAGCCGCCUUCUGUCAUGCUAGUUAGCAGUCCAACUUUUGACCCUUGCCAAGACUAUAGCCUGCCUCCUGUGGGUCCUCUGCAAUAGAGUCGCUUUUUGUAAUUGUAUCGCAUUUUAUGCAUUACAAAUUGUUUCAACUUUGACGAUUUCAACCUGACGCUUCCAUAUCUCCUCAGGACAUCGUAGACAGGCGCGGAAGACGAAGGAGGGGCUGCUGCCAGAGCAGAUAGAUAUGCGUUGCAGAAAAUAUGUUUUGGUGGUCGGAAGCACUGCAGAUGUUUGCCAUGCAGAUUCUGCAUGAGCAGCAAUGUCUAGAGGAACGUAGUUGGACGGAGCGCUGCAGGUGUAGCAAGGUCUACGAAAUGCGUAUCCCGUGUGAGCAUUUUUGUUCCAGCAUAGCCAAAAACUAGCACGACGCAUGCAACAUUGCGUGCCCCGUAGGCAUACCAGUAAACGUAACAAAUAUGCGCUUUCCCAUUCGACCCAGACCCAGACGCACUGGCCUUUGCGAUGCAUAAGAAGGCACGGUGAGGAGCAUUCAUUAUGUGGAGAGUGUGCAGCUCAUUCAUCCUGUUUGCCACGCCCGCUGUGGCCUCUAUCAAAUGCAAAAAUGUCAUCUGGGUCUGGAAGGUUGGAACUUGUGAUGCUGACUUUAUUGGACUCUAAAAAAAUAAAAACCUGUACUGCAUGACCAGCAAGAGGAGCCUAGUUCGUGCUACGCGGGGACGGCGUUUGUCAUGCGGAGUAGGCAUCAGGAAGCCCACUAAAAAUCUGCGCUAUAGGUCGCGCAUCACAGACAUCCUCGGCCAUGCAAAAUUUGCAUGACAAACCCGGCAUCAACAUUCCAGACCCAGGCAUCAACAUUCCAGACCCAGUAGUUCUCUUUUAUUUUCUUUCUUCAUAAAGAACAAGUCGUUCUCUUCCCUGUGCUGUACCAAGGUCUUGUUUCCAGACAAAACACCAGACACUUUUGCAGUUCAUAGCCUUUUUGGGGGAGCAAUAUCGCUGGAGUUCGACGCAGAUUACAAAGGGCAUAUCAAGUGUAAAAAUGUCUGGGUCUGGAAGAAUGCAACUUGUCAUGCUAAAUCUGAAGCAUGCAAAAAUCUGUGUUGCAUGAUAUACCAAAAGUCGUCCAGUUUUGACCAAGUCGGGAGGCAGUUUCUCAUGCAGGAUAGGCAUGAGAAAGAUCGCGCAGAAUCUGUCAUGCUACGUCCUGCAUUCCAGACCUCAUGGGUCAUGGAAAAGCUGCAUGACAAAUCGCGCACUCUUCCAGACCCAGACAUUUUUAUUUUUGAUAGGGCAGCGGGCAGUACUAUGAUGGAGAUCAAAACCAGGACGUGGGGGAAGGCAUAUCCUGCAGAAAAGUACACCCGCACCAGAAAAAAACUGGCAAAAUUUGUAUGUAGAAGUGCGGUCGCGAAAGUUCUAUUCUGGCGAUUUUUUUUUUCGAUAUCCAGACAGCAAAACGACGGCCGGUCUUCAAGCGCCGUCCGGGCGUGUUUUUUCACAAAAGUUUCAAACUAUCAAAGGGCUGGAGCUUUCUUGGCAAACAAGCCCGGUGGACUUCCUCCGCUCGACAAAUCGAUGCAGGGGCGUGGGCCGGCAAAAGCAUCACCGGUCCUCCUGGGGCGCCCGCCCGCCGUCUUGAUUUCUGGCGGCCUGAGACGCACAGGGCGGGGCGCGAAAAAACUAGAGACGGAAAAAAAACAGCCAGCCCGCACACUGUAGGUCUCAGCCCGGGCUUUUCCGGUACGCGCUGACUGUCUGACGGCCGAAGGUUUUGCCUUUUAAAACAAAGAAAAAAAUGGCGCCCUGCCAAAAAGCGCGAGCGGCGCUAUAUGCUAUUUGCACGACUUCGGGCGCCCAAGCGGCCGGUCUUGCCCUAGUGGAGGCCCAGGCGGGACCUUGGCAUACGGCUGGGAUUUGUCUUCUCAAUGCCAGACGGCCGGAAGCUUUGGCCCGCGAAAUUUCUCGGCCGUGCAUGGCGUUAGGCGCCAUGGCAUGGCGGCCAUAGUUAGAGGCGGCGCCGUCCGUGUUUUGGCCCCAAGACAAAAAAAACCGCUAUGGCCCCACUAUGAUUGGCAAUCGGUGUUGCGCUAAGUUAUCCUGGUCUCGCCCUCAGGAAAAAGGCCGCAAGAGGUGCAGGCCCUGCCAAGCUUAUGCGCAAGAGCAAGCGCGACUAGAGAUGGAUGCAUGUUGCCAAAAUAGCGAAUUGGCCAUGCUGGCAACCAUUCAAAAAAACCAGCUUAGUUGUGGCGAUGCAACUCACUCCUUGAAAAAAUCAUUUUGCUUGUGGGUGUGGGUUUGCUUUUGUGUAGGAUAGCCGUCCGACCUGCAGUUGAAUUGUACCAAACUUUUCAACGCUGCGCCGAACCACUGGAUAGAGCAUGGCAACGCCGAUGGGGUAUCCCUUGUAAUAAAAAUGCACGCACCCGUAUCGCACGAAAAAGGUGUUACAGUUACACAUUUGUUGGAGGUUCUGCAUCACAAAGUUGCUCGACAUGGAAAAGAAAACAUGUGUUGCGCAGACUAUAAAAGGGAAAACACGCUGCAUGAAAUGAGAGGGGCAAGCACUACUUCCUGCAUGACAGAGGGUGUCUGCCUAGCUUGUCUUCCAUCAGAGUGUGCAACUGCAAAACUUUUUUCUUGCGAUAGUCCGCCCGACGCACCGCGUUCUGCUUCUUGCAGAAGAGAAACACUAUCUCGAGGGCAAGGUACGAACCCAACAUGUGCUACAAGAGAUUUGCUGCAAACUACGCAAAAAGAUUUGGCAUGACAAAUUAACCAACCUUGUGAGUCAGGGAUGUAUGACAAGUAAUGGCAAGAAGAACCCUCCACAGCAUCGCUGCGUUUGUCGAAGAUGAUUGCACCAAAAAUCUAUUAGACCAUCAUAGCAACUGGCUUGUUCUAAACCAGCAUAGGCACAAUAUGCCCCGUGUGAGAUGUCGCCUUUACAACUGAAUGAAACUUGUCAUAUACCAGUGACCUGCUUUAGAUCGUUGAAAAGUGUAGAGUGGGUUCAUUUGUGCACUGUAUCAGGGAUACCUGCACCCGGCGGUUGGAUAUCCAGUGCAAAAAUCUGCGAUCUGGAUGAGGAAUGUUGUUAAAAUCAGCGUUCUGGUCGGCCGCUACAACGAACAGGGACAGUAAGGUCCGGGCAUCCGCUUCUUCUAUGUGAUGCUGUGUUAUUCGCCAUUGCAUGACUUUUGUUUUUCGCCACACAACCCACCAUGUUCUUUCCGGUCCACCAUAUGAAGUGGCAACGAGUGUGCUUACUUACACCUCGCCGUCAGGUGAGCAAGACUUGCGUCAACAGAAUGAGUGUAGUUCUAUUUGUGGUUGUGUGUUGCUCGCCGAUCUGUUCUUAUAUGCUCCUUGCAAUCUGUGUGAUUUAUCUGGUAGACCCACAUCUAAGAUGAAAAGGCACGCUCCUUAUGCUAGAAAAGAAAAGCGCUGGCGCAUUUGUGUAAGAAACACUGCGCGUAGUUGUGCCGGAUUCCUGCGCUUCUUCGUCUUCCUCACAUGCAAAAUUAAUUUGCAUGGAAAUGCAUGCGUAUAGCCAUAGCGUACGAGACGGGAGCCAGAAAAAAAUGCUCUGCCCAACGGACAGCGGGCGCAUGUUUGUGAUGCGAAAAAUUGUGUAUCUACGAAUGGUUUUUAUUUAUGUGUGAUAUGGUAAUGGUAUUAUGGGUGUAUUUAUUUUCCGGAGGCGGGUAUGAAAUGAGCCCACGGGGACGAUGUUGAGAACGACUCAUGCCAGACGCAGAUUUACAAUGGAGAUUCGCAGCAGGCUAUGCAAAUAAAAAACCCUUCCCAUACCACAAAGAAAAACAAGUGCGGACGUUUGUCACCUGAGUAGAUAGGCCCCAAGGUGGGUGGUGGGCGUCGUUUCCAAUCAGAUUUGGGAUGUCGCUUCGUGGUAGCUGUUAUUUCUCUGCACGGGCCAGAUAAGAGACCAGCCAGUCGCGCAUGCCGGCGGACGGGACCUUUUUGUUUGGCGGAGGUCCUGCCAGCACGUGGGCUGCUUUCGCAGCCCGUGCUGCCUUUCCCGGCGCCGGCCUCGGCGUAAAUUUGCGCACGCCAUGCUUGCAGCGGCCUUGGGAAGGCCCCACCGCAUGGAGCGUCCCGCGCGUUGGCGCCCCGUUUGGCCUGGGUAGCGCGCGCCGGCCGCUCCUUUGCGUUUGCAGAGCUGCGGCAGGUUUUGGCCAUGGCCAGGUCAAGCGAUCUACUGGGCGGGAUCGGUAGAUCGCUUGGUCCGGCCCCCCAGCCCUGCCGCGUGCCUGGCCCCGGCGAAAGAAUAGCGCAGGAGGCCUGCGCCAGGCGAGGGUGAUCCAGCCCGCCGACCGUGCGUGCCGGGACGGGGGGCUGCGUGCCCCCUCGCUGGAUCGUGUGUGCGUGCGUCUUCGCGCGCGGGGCCCACCCGGGGGGGGGGGGGCGUUCGCAUUGGACCCCGCGGCGGUUUUGGCAGACACGACGCACACCUCUAGCCACCUUGCCAGCCGCCCGCCCGGAGGGAGCAGACUUUGGCCCGUGCGUGCUUCGGCAGGUACUUACCUGCCUAGCGCCUGCUCCCCGGUGGCGUGCUGGUAGGCGCCUGGCGGGCGGGUGCGCGGGGCGGGCGUGCGUGGCGUUCGUCCGGCCGUAGCAGUCCCCUCGCCCCUGCCCCCGCCCUUUGGUAGUGUGUUGACCACGCUGCAUAUUUAUAACAAAAAAACCCGCAGUAGGUAGUCCGCCACCGCAGCCGGCAUGGGAUGACUGUCGACGCGCCCGUCUCGCCUUCGGUUCGCCUUCUCCUGCUGCACAAGUUCGAUCCGGAAAGGGUUUAGUUUGGGUUUCAGGGUUUAAGACGCAUUUAUAACAAAAAGACGACGGCAGGCGGCCCUUUCUGCCCUGCUUCUGGGCUUGGCGGGGGGCGCUGUCUGUGGCUGCGUCGCGGGGCCCUUCUGCUUCUUUUCCCUCUGCCGCUUGGCGGUAGUUGCUUGCGCUCAUUGAAAUCGCUGGCAGUGGUUCGCAGGGGGUUGGAAAGGCUCGCCCCGUUCCCGCCUGGCUGCAUAUUCUCGUCGUACGUUGAGUGCCUCCCGUAGGUCAGCGCCACGCACCGUGGGCCCCAACGAACCGCCGCCAUGCAUUGGGUGUUGGCAGGAGGGCAAGCGCCGCAACAUCCUCCAGCUAGCGCGCUUUGGUUGAGGGCCGCCCCCCCUUCACAAUGAAAGACCCGAGCGCGCGCUCCGUGUCGCCAAUCUAUCAGCGCCUCAAAUCUAAUCGGCUCGCUGGCCCCGCUAUAAGUAUGGGGAGGAAAAAGUUUGCACCUUGAUGGCCGGUUUCCGCGAUGAUCAAAAUAAGAAGAAGCAGGGAGGGCUGAAACGACUGACGCGGAGCGACUUGACGAACGGCCAAUUUAGCGCAUUCGGCGUAACUUACCCCAAUCGCGACUCCGCUUUCACGUUCGACGAAUGUGUGAGCGCCUGCCUCUUAUCAAAUGUAAAAAUGUCGGGGUCGGGAAGAGUUGGAACUUGUGGCGCAAACGCUGGACCACAGAUUUUGGGCGCAAACGCUGGACCACAGAGUUGGAACUUGUGGCGCAAGAAGUUGACAGAUUUUGGCGCUCAUGUGUUGCAUGAGCGCCAAAAUCUGUCAACUUCUUGGCACGAAAGUAGGAAGUUUCUCAUGCGGGACAGGCAUCAUGUGGCGUGCGCAGAACCUGUUGCGCUUUUGCCUGCAACAUCAGACGCCAUUUGCGUGAUCCGAAAUUUGCAUGACAAAUCUCCAGCCAACCAAAUCUCACAAUCUUCCAGACCCAGACACUUUUGCAUUUGAUACCCCUGGGACCUUGAGGCAAGUGUGGAGCGGGCAGACAAAACGCAGUCGGAGCCGGCCGAGGUCGGCUGCGUAUGAAUCUGUCAGGAUUGAAAUCGUCAAAGUUGAAAUGGUUUGCCAUGCAUAAAAUGCAAGGCAUGAAGCGCCUGCCUUGCUGGGAUGGCAAGCGAGGCAGAUUGUGAGCCUUUUUAGGGUUUGGGAUAGAGCUGCUACAGGAGCAUGACAAAAGCGCCCUUCUGUGCCCAAACAGCAUGACAAAUUGGAUUUCGGUGCUCCGAAAAUUUGUCAUGCGCCGCAGUAGCACAGUCUGUUUAUGUAAUGCGCCGCUUAGGAAUUGGUCUUCCAACUGGUAUCCAUUUUAUGCAUGACAAAUUAUUUCAACUUUGUCGAUUUCAAACCUGGCGCUUCCAUACCGCGAGGGAAUAGUGUAUGCCAAUGGCGGAGACGACGAGGGCCAUUGUUGGCUGAAGCGAAAAGCUUGCUGUGAGUCGGAGAAUGAGCAGUCGGGUCUUGAUCGGACGUUUUCCCCUGUGCCCGCCCUCGCCGGCGACCCACUGACCGCAUUGCCGCGUAUCUCCGUGCGGAUCGAUGACGAGUGCAAACAGACGCUGCGGGCUGGCCUGGGGCUAUCCUGUGUAAUAACGUCCCCACGCCCCCAGACCCAGUUCUCGCUCACUUUUUUUCACAUUUUGAAAUCUUCCUGUGCUUUACGUUGGUCUCUCCCACAACAAAAGAAGGACACAUCAGACAUCAGACCCAGCGUCAAGAUGACAAAUUUGCUUACACCAGUCAAAAAGUUUUUAACCUGAUGUAUUUCUUGGCCACGCGACCGACGGGCGUGGCGAUCCCUGAGGAGCACGACACACAUUCCAAUUUCAAAAAUAUAAAACGAGAUGGCAUCCUCAGAAAACGGCGCUCAUGGGAUUUGUGCAUGAGGAACGUUUAUUCUGGGGCGCAGAUUUGCGUGACAUCAACUCUGGGGCGGGGACGUUUUCGCACAGAAUGCGCGCCGUUCUUCACCCUCGCAAAAAAGGACGACUUUAUGCCAUCCUACAGCGGACUUUUUCGGCUUUAUGUCCCAAAAACGUCGGGGGUGGCGGCUAACAAAGAGUGCACCAUUAUCAUGUGUAAAAACCUCUCCACCCCAGAGUCAAGAUGGGAUUUUUGCUACACAAGUCAGCAAGUUUUGGCUGUUGCGUAUGACAAGCUUUGGUCUCUAGUAUAAUAGCGCUGCUUGGCUAGUAGAGCCGCAUCACAAAUCCAGCUCCCUAUCCUGAUUAGCGCAUGACAAAGUACCAGACAGCAUGAGAAAGUGCUGCUCAUGGGGUUGCGCAUGAGAAACCUUUUAGGCAUGCAGAUUUGCGUGACAACUUUGGGGGGGACGUUUUUCCUCAGGAUAACCAUGUACGAGGACGUCGGGGUAGAACGUAAAAUAUCCUGUGCAAAAGUAUCGCACUCGUACUGCAGUCAUGCAUUGCAGAUGCUUUUCUUAAAGUAAAUCCGCAUUCACAAACUUAUUUUCUCAUGCUGAAGAAAUUUGUAUUUGUAAUGCAUUUCCAUUUGUACGAGGAGUGCGAUACUUUUGCGGUUCAUAUAAAACCGCCAGCGACGCCUUUGCGGUACUUACCGAAUGCAUAUAUGUUAUCUGGGUCUGGAAGAGUGUAGACUUGUCAUGCAGGAGGUUUUCCAUGAUCCGUGAUGUCUGUGAUCGUGAUGUACGCCCUAGCAUCACAGAGCUUUUGAUGAGGGCUUCUAGAUGCCAAUCCCGCAUGACAAAUGCCCUUUUGGCCUAGAAAAAAUUGGGCUCCUGUUGCUGCUCAUGCAAUGCAGAGUUUUUUACAAUCCAAACGCAGGAUGAUCACAAGUUCCAGCUUUCCAGACCCAGGAGACAUAUUUGCGUUUGAUAGCACUCCCACUUCCGCAACAGGUGUUCGCAUUAAAGGAUGCGACGAAUUUAUCGCCAGAAAAAAACUGUCUCACUGUAAACUUGUAAUGCAGAUGAAAAUACAUCUCACUCGCACAAGUGUUUGUCGUGCUAGACACAAUUAUCAAGACGGUGAGUUUUUACCUGCGUAGUCUCCGUUUUCCCUUAGGAACCUUGUACGGCAGAUUUUCUCUGUCAUGUAGAACGAACUUGCGAUGCAAAACCUGCAAAAUCCUAUACAGUGAAACGCUUUUUUCUCACGAUAGAAUACAGCGGCUGUCGGGAAUUUCAUUACAACAGCAGAAGGCUGCUUCGAGUGGUGCUUUCGCAGCAGCAAGUGCGUUGCGUUUACGCUUUUACCCAACAUAUGAGAGUGCACAAUUCCCCCUCUUCCUCAUUUGUCAUGCAAAACCCCAUAUGCAAGUGCUUCCCUGUGGCACUGUUUGCAUGACAGAUUCCGGAAGGAGCCCAAACAGUACUACACUAGGCGCACAAAUUUGUCAUGCGCAGGCUCCACCCACGACGUGUGCUGGUGUUUGUAAUAUGAUUGCUGUUCAUCUUCAUGGAAUACAAACGAGGGGAGUUGGGGGAGUUGUGCACUGUCAUGCAACACCUUUGCCGAAUAUAGCGACAGCGACCCGAAAAUUACGGAAGUCUCGUCAGAGCCGUAUGCCUGUAGUGUAAGCAGUGAAAUUUCUGCGUGCGUCCCAGCCACCCUCUAUGGCCCUCUCCGCUGCCAGCUUUACUCGUCCUUGAAGCGGUCGUAUGGAACUGUCAGAAUUGAAAGUAACAAAGCUAGAAUUACUAUCUAUUAUAUUCAUGCGAAAAAAGAGGUCUACAGAGGGUAGACGAGAGGUGGCCGAGAGGUCAAAAAGAGGUAAAAAGAGGUCGACAGAGGUGGGGAGGUGGCGCGGGAGGUCGUCAGGGAGGGUGGCCGAGAGGUGGCGCGGGUAUAGCCAGCCGAACCGUUCACCCUAAGGCCGCGCCUAUAGGGACCAGAGGGGGCCGAGACGGUGCAGGGAGGGCAAGCGAGAGGGGGACAGAGGUGCCGAGAGGUUGCGCGAAUAAGGGCGAACCUCUCGCGCACCCUCCUGGCCACCUCUCGGCCACCUCUGUAGACCUCUACCGGCGAGUAUAGCCGGAUUAUUAGCAACACCUCUCGGGAGAGGUGAAAAAGAGGGCCCGCGAGAGGGUAAAAAAGACCGGAAUCCGCCCGGUACAGGGCCGAUCUUCUGGGGGGGUUUUGCAUCGCGUGGGGCCGCACCCUCUCGCGCCGGCCUCUCGCGCCGCCCUCCGUCCCGCGCUACCCUCUUGCGCCAACAGUUUCCGCCGAGAAUCCAUUUGGGCGAGGGCGGAAGGGCGGCCCACAAUUGGCAGCGUGGUUCCCGCUCUGCUUCGGCACCUACGCCCAGGCGGCUACUGUUCGCGCCCAAGCCUCGCUGCAGUUGCUCCCUGCGCAUAGCGCCGAAAGGCGCGGGAAGCGCGCAGGAGGCCCUGCGGGCUGACAUGGCGCAAGGCGGCGCCAGAAAUUUGGUCGGUCUGUCACAGUGUGGUCCUGAAAUUUGGCAGGGCUCUGGUGCUGCGGUCCGAUCCGCAAAUAGUUAUGCCCCAGCGCAACAGCCUUGCGCCCCGGCGGCAGCCGGGGCAUGGCUGGCAAUUUCUCAUGCAUAAAAUCUAUACCAGUCGGACCCACAGUUUCCAAUCGGCGCAUGACAAAUUUUCCUGGCCUCUGCAGCAAGUCUUUUUAUGCUGUUUAGGGCAAGAGGGCUCCUCCCUGUCAUGCUAGUCAGCAGCCCAAUUCCUGACCGUUGCCAGCGCCAUAAUCUGCCUCCCGUGCGUCCUUUGCAAUAGAGUCAGUCUCUGUGUUGCAUUUUAUGCAUGACAAAUCAUUUCAACUUUGUCGAUUUCGAACCUGACACAUCCAUAGGCGGCCGCAGGAAAAAUACGAGUGGGGCGAGAACGGCCCGAAGUAUCAAAUGCAAAUAUGUCUGGCUCUGGAACAUUCUAAACUUGUGAUGCUGUCUCUGGAUUCUAAAAAGAUUUGUAUUGCAUGACCAGCAAGUGGACUCCGGUUUGUGCUACGCGGAGAGGGCAUUUCUCAUGCGGUACAGGUAUCGCAAAGCCCUCUAAAAAUCUUCUGUGAUGCUACGGCACGCAUCACAGACAUCGCGGCUCAUGGAAAAUAUGCAUGACAAAUCUAGAAAUCUUGCAGACCCAGACAUUCUUGCAUUUGAUACGACGGGUUCCGUGGGGAUGAUCUUGGGCGACUCCAAUCCUGACAAGACGCUCGCGUCAAAAUGCUAUCCUGUGCAAAAGUAUCGUACUCGUAGUAAUCCCAUUCAUGCAUUACAAAUUUUUUUCUCAAGGUAAAUCCGCAUUACAAAUUUCAAGGAUAGCCAUGAGGGAACGCAUUGAGUCUACUCAUGGCUAUUUGCCUCCUUUUUGCAUGGGUGGCUCCUGGGGUCUCCUCUUCGCGUCGGUUUGCUUUGUGCCAAGUUCGGUCGUGGGGCUUCAGAGGAACAAAACUAUAACGAUCGCACUCGUGGGGACAAAUUGCAUAUGGGGCCGUAGAUCAAGUAUUUCCACUUAGUGCGUCUUUAUUAAUUCCCUCAGGAGCACUGCUGUGUCUAUCUCGAUUCCCAUUGUGCCACUCGUAGGCAUUGCUUUCCGCUCAGUUUCAUUAUCUGCCUUGUCAGAGCGCAAAUAAUGGGAGUAGUAGUGCGUCGGGUUGUCCCUGCCAGUUCACGACCCGCCACUGAUGCCGCGCUGCGAAGGGAGGGGCAGCGUGCUACUGUCGGCCCUGCUUGCUACCGCGGAGGGAGCGGCCCAAGUUCCCGCACCCACCGGAAACGCCGAGGGUUCGCGCGAGACCGACAGCCACCCCCUAUCCCCGGGCGGAGCCCCCCCACUCUACCCCCGGAACCCGCCCCCCUAUACCGCCACUUCUUUGGAGCCCAGAGAUUGUAUCAUGUUCCCCCCCUUCACCAGGACCGAGCCCCGAUAGCGCCGCGAAGGGGCCGAGCACGCUUUGACGAAGCCGCAAAGGGCCUGGAAGAAAUACACCGCAGAGCAAAUCCAUGGAGCGCCUAUGCAUGUAGAGUUUGCAUGGCGGCGCGCUUCCUUGUAGUGGCGACCUUCUAUCUUGGCAUGGCGACGCAUGAUGACAGUCAGAAGCAGAAGGCAUGCGCGAGCAAAGGACAAGGGAGAUACCACGUUCCAAGAUUUGCCGAGCAAAUUGCAUAACGAUGCGGAAAGACAGAGGCUUUUUUUGAAAGAGAGGCCAUUCACACCAUGCGAGGCCACCCGCGCGAGUAUUCUAAAAUAGGGAAUACUCCCCAACCGCCCUACGGCCAUGGUUGUGAAAAAAAACGGCGCCGCGGGUCCCCGGGUUCGCACAGCCACCCAGUUUUUUUACUAACUAUUAUCCAACAGCAGUCCGUCGAGCAGUCCCAGUACCCCCCGAGUAGCCCCCCCAGCUACCACCUCGAGCCUAUGGCCCCACCUGCUGCCUCGGCACCAACUGGAUCGGCUCACCAUCCGCUUCCGGGGGGUGCAAAUUGGUAUCUAACCGACACUGUGCCAAGAGGAGGGCCCCCCCGGGACCGCCUGGCGAUAGCCUGCCAUGGGUUUCGCUGUCUCCGGGCGGCGUAGCGAGUUAUCCUGCGAAAGCUUAAAACCUGCAGAAAACGGGCCGCGGAUGCGUUCUUGCUGGACAUUGCCAACAUUUGCCCACGCAGAGCCGUUGGCUUGCUGGACACACACAGCCAACAUUUGUCCAAAACAGCCGAGGGCCAAGACGACGCCGCGAGGACGACCGCAGGGGGUCUGUCUCCAAGAAGAAGAAGAUGGCGAGGGAAUGCGUCAUGCAUUUAUACGAGUGCGAUACUUUUGCAGUUCAUAAAUGCCGCAGGCAGCUGAUGAGCGCGGUCAUCCGCGCGCAGCCGUAGGGAUGUGUCAGGUUUGAAUUCGUCAAAGUUGAAAUAAUCUGCAAACGCAUAAAAUGCAUGACCCGAGGUGCGUGUGUUGCAGAGCAGGCAAGUGAGGCCGAUUGUAAGCCUGUUCGGGGUUACAGCUCGAGCUGCUAAAGUAGCAUGAGAAAAUCGAGGCUCUUCUUUGCCUAAACAGCAUGACAAACUGGAUUUAGGGACCGCCGAAAUUUGUCAUGCGCCACUUGGCUCAAGGCUUUGCAUUGUUUCCUGAGAUCCAACAAUCAAAUCUAGAACAGGGGGAGCUAUGCCGUAGAGUACACACGAUAACUCGCAAUCAUUUUACCACCACUGACACCACGCCGGUAUCUCCCCCGACCCCCUGAGGAGGAGUUUCGAACGAAGUAGAUAAACGCCCGAGCGUGGCGGGUCCGCUGUGCCCCCCUUUGCAGUAGCCUGCUAGAUCUCAGGCCCCCCUUUACAGUAGCCGAGAUCUCAGACCCAGCGUUUCGCGUUGCCGAGUGCCCAUCCUAAAAGUGACCUCCUUCCCGCCCGGACAUGGCGCCUAAAUCCUGCAGCAGUCGUCCACGCGCCAUCCUGCGCAGCAGCAAGGUCCUCGCUUAGCCUGACGGGCAUGGGCAGCAGCUUCUCCAUGUUCGCGGAGUCGCCGUUUACCGUCCUGCGGGUGUCCACUCCAGAGGAGCGGCACAUAGUAGUCGUGCCGUACAACCGCAAUCCGGGGAGGCGAGAGUCGGGGCGCGCAAUAGGCUGCGGGUCGUAGUCUCCCACACACAACACCACCAAAGCGAGACAGGCCGCACCACUGCCAAACACGGAGGCACCGACCGCCAGCGCGCGACCAGGGCAGGCGUAGGCCCACACUGCGCGGCGCCUAGGUUCACGCGGAGUCCACUCGUGCCGGGCACAGGCGCGGCGCAAGACGCUAGCAAAUGCGGCAGGGCUGGAAGAAUUUCAGCAGUAAGCCCAGCAAGAAGCCUACUCCCGUAGCACGCAACAAAAGAUGUGUAGGGGCACUCAACAAAAGGUGUGUAGCAGCAAACUCUUCGGCUCGAAGCAUUUGCGUACCGGGGCCGACGAACGCAAGCGGCACGACCACCGAAACGCUCCCAGCCGGGUGAGGUUCCACCAUGGGCCCACGUCACAUUUUCACCUCGGGAAGCCCGCUGCCCCCGGUCUUGCAUGUUCUGAAUAAAUUAUGUAUCAGACUGACGCUUGCAUGGCCCCCAAGAAAAGUGUCCCCACCGUCCUCCCAUGUGUUCCCUUGCCGCUGCCCCUUUGUGAAGUCGAAAACGUCGCCCAUGAUCAUUAUGGGUAUGGUCUAGCCUGUAGCUUCUCCUCCUGGGUUACUGGCGGCCUGGUCAGUUUUCGGACAGUGACAGCUGCUCUGCCUGCUCUCCAUGGGGCGCGUGUUGUUGUGCGUGCGUCCCUGCUAAGGUAUUGCAAUAGUGAAUGUGGCAAAUAAAAACAGCUGCCAGCUCUCACAUUGUGCUGGUGGUCUGUGCUCUGCCAGAUAGGAAUGUGAAGUGGGUUGGGCCGUUUCCGUCCCCGUUGCUGGUGCUGGUGCUCCGGGGUGGUUGGCUAUGUCCUAGAGUUGUAUUGGUGGCGUUUUGUGUGAGGAGUAUAGUGGGGAGUGCCAGGUCCAUAGGGCCCGGGGGGGCGGCGUCUUCGGGUUGAUCAAUUCACCUGAUGCACAAUGUCCCGCCCGCAGUAGCGCAGUCUGUUUAUGUCAUGCGCCACUUGGAAUAAACUAGGCGCCAACUGGUAUCCGCUUUAUGCAUGACAAACUAUUUCAACUUUGACGAUUUCAAUCCUGACGCUUCCAUAAGCCGGGCAACAAAAAUAUGGUGAAGCUGGAUGGCCACUACUUUCAGGGCCUACCGGAGGGUUACGUUUUUCCGCCGGAGCAGUAUGAUUCGGGGAAGAACUCGUACACGCCUGGGUAUUCGAACUUAUCAAAUGCAAAAGUGUCUGGGUCUGGAAGAUUGCCAGGCUUGUCAUGCACAUUUUGCAUGACUCCUGAUGUCUGUGAUGCAUGCCCUAGCAUCACAGAUUUUGUGAGGGCUUCCUGAUGCCUAUACCGCCUGACAAAUGCUCUUUCCGUUGAGCAAAACUUGGACUCUCUUUGCUGCUCAUGCAGUACAGAUUUUUUUACAAUCCAAAAUCAGCGUGACAAGUUGCAAUCUUCCAGACCCAGACAUUUUUACACUUGAUAGAACUACGGCCGGUACGACUGCUACACAACGCAUCACGAUAUCAAUUUUGACGAGUGGCACGGGGCGGCUUCGUACGCAUUGCAAAUAUGAUGUCUGGGCUUGGAAAUUUAUUUGCAUUGCUGGAGCUCGCAUGAUCCUCGCCAAGUCGCCGCUCGCAAGGUCGGCAAAACAGCGUGACUAUGAACGGACAGAAUACAACUCGACCCCAAGAAUAGCAUAUAGCGUCACGAGAAUGAAACGAGCGACCUAGUACGAGAAUGACGCAGCAAUGGGGCCCCACCCGCUUCCAACUUUUCCCGCUCUGGACGGUUGAGAAGCUGCACUUUUCAAGGGGCCUUUGCCCGUUUUUUCGCGCAAAGCUACUUGCUUUACUCGCGGCUUUUCUCCACUCGAGCGGUCGGGUGGAGAAAAGCCGUAUUACAAAUUCGCAAAACCGGCCGGAUUUAGAUGCGGUUUUUCUCCCCGCAGGAGAAAAGCCGCAGCACAAAUUCGCAAACUUCGACGCGAUCUUUCUCCCCCCGAGACCUCGGGGUGGAGAAAGACCGUAUCACAAAAGGCCCGAGCUCCGCAUUACGGGCUCUCCGCAUUACAAAUGCGGAAAAAGCUGUUUUUUACAUGCGGCUUCCCAGAGCUCGGGGUUGUGGCUAUGGCUAAUGCGGAAAGCCCGGAGCUGGAGCUUAGGUUCUCCGCAUUACAAAGGCGGAAAAAUCCGGGCUCUCCGUACUACAAACCCCACCUUUCGCCACAGGCGGCUGCUGCCGCACCGUCGUGCGUAACCUUUUGCGCGAUGUUAUCAUCAAGCUACAAAAUGCCCAUUCUCCCACACGCGCAUCAAUAGCAUCGGGCAUUAGGUUAUGCUGCAUGGUGCCCCUGCGUGAGAACUUCCCUCUCAGCGACACCAUGCGGCAUUAAAUUAUGCGCGACCUGUAGCUGUCUUUUUCUUCGCCGUUAAGCGUUGCGCAGCUUCUUUUCUUUGCUGAAGCUCGCAUCCUCCCCAAGUCGACGCGUGCAAGGUCGGCAUAACAGCGUGACAAAUUUUGCGAGGCUAGUGCCUUUUGCUGUUGCAGACAAGGGCUCACGACUGACUCUUAAAAAGCAGGACAAGCAGGCUUCUUCUACUAGCACGAGCACGACCAGUCGCAUUGAUCAACAUGCAUAUUAUGAUAAGUGGUACAGAUCGUGGCCGCGUGGUUCAGAUCUCGCAUCACAAAUCCAGACCCCGAUAGUACAUUUGCAUUUGUAGUGCAUAUACUGUUAUGGACUGCAAAAGUAUCGUACUCGUAUAAAUGCAUUACAAAUUUUCUCAGCAUGAAAAAUAAAAUUUGUCAUGCUGAUUUACCUUAAGAAAAGAGACCGGUACGCGCUGAGGCCUAGAUUUGUAAUCACCAUGCUACGAUGAGGGUUACUAUUUUUGUGUCGCGCAUACCAUCGGGGAAAGCAGGGGGCCCCCGCCUCCCGCCCUCUCGGUCGCCCGCUGCGUAUCCCGCUUGCAGGGGGCCCCCGCCCUUCCGCCUGCCGCCUCCACAGGGGGCCCCCGCUCCUCACCGGGGCCGCCCGCCUGGUGAAACAGGGGGCCCCCGCCCCCCGCCCUCUCACCCGCUGCGUAUCCCGCCUCCGCAGGGGGCCCCCGCCCUUCCACCUCCGCAGGGGGCCCCCGCUCCUUUCCCGGGUCGCCCGCCGGAGGCCACAGGGGGCCUCCGUCCUUCUCCGCGGUAAGUCUCUCUCGCCCGCAGGGGGCCCCCCACCUCCACCUUUGGUGCCCUAGGGUGUUCGAGGGGCCCCCCACCCUUGGGGCCCCCCGCCCCUCACUCCUGGUGUUCGAGGGGGUCCCCCGCCUUCCUUUCCCACUCGCAAGGGCUCCUGUCAAGUACAUCGCUCCGCGCCCGCAAUAGGGGAAACGCAGCGGGGCCCCGCCCCGCAUUCACCCCCGUUGCCGCAGGCCGGGAGCUCGCGCUGGCGCCCUGCCCUCCCAAGAAGUGGCAACACAUUCAUGGGCCCCGCGCGGCUGAAGUACAUAACCAGUAGCGACGCCUAGGCCUCUACGCGGGGCCAACCGCAAAUACGCGGCUGGGCCAACCAGUAGCGCCGCGUGGGCCUCUGCGCGGGGUCAACCGCAAGUACGCGGCUGGAGCAGGGCAGACGUACGCAAAGGCCCGCGCAUAGCGCCUGAACACACGGCGACGGCGACGUGGGACGGCGGGCACAGAGUUGGACAAGCUGACUGUGGCCGCCGACGUGGGUACGCACGCUGCCCGCGCGUGCCGAGGUGAUCGGCAGGGGCGGCCUGCGCGAGCGGGGGGCCUCUGCAAGAAUUAGGGGCAGCAGCCCUGUUGGGCUGUCACUGGUGUCCAUGUUGUUUAGGAAGGCCGCAGGACUUUUGUGCUCGUUGGUUGUCAAUGCGCCGCAUUGACAACGAACCAGAGCAGUGUGUUGGGGAAUACUGCCCACAUGCGCCGGCACACGCACUACGCGCGCGGGAAAAUAUUGCCCCCAAGCGUUGGCGCCAACAUGUGCCAGGGCACGGACGCAGUGCGCCGAGCAGCCGGAGCCGUGCUGUUAGGGCGUGCGGAUUCUGACCCGCGCCGGCAAGGGCCACCACGGAAAAAAGUAGACACGCGCCCGGGCGCGCAACGGAAAUACUGCCCACAUGCGCCGCGGUGCGGGCUAGCGCGAUGCCAGGCAGCCGCAAGCCUGGCGCGGAGCGUUGCAAGGGGAGGCGCUCCGUGAAACAGGGCCCACACCGUCGCGACCCCAACGCGCGACGGUCGCGGCAAACCACGGAAACCAACUCCGGACGCUGGCGCCAUACCAUUGGGGUUCGAGAGAAAGUCGCCGCGCUUGUUCCGAUUUGUGUCACGGCGAGACACAUCGUGAAAAAAGGACCCUGCCCUCGUGAUUCGGCUGCGCGGCUUUCGCGAAAUAUCGCGGAAAAGCAGAAAAAACCAAUGCCGCAAACAGGGCCCGUAGCAUCGCGAUUCGCGACGCAAGCGGUAAUUUUUUGCACGAUUUUUUGCACGGUGCAAAUACUCGUGCAAAAGAGGCCCUACCAUCGCGAUUAGCAUAGAAAACACAGCAACUUUUGCACGAUUUUCACCAGUUUCACGACAAAUCCCGGGACUCGGGGAAGUCCCGGGAUUCCGGAAAGACGUGAGUAAAAGACAAAAGCAAAAACCAGAAGACUCCGAAGGGCCAACCCGCAUGGUAUGGCGCGCGUAGGCCAAUAGAGUCCUUAUGUUUUCGUAAUGUAAAAAAAGCCGCUUCACGAGGGCACCACGCCCGGGCAUAUACGCAAGGUUUGACCCCAAUCACGAUGCUAGUGCGAAUAAUUCUAGGCCUCAGCGCGUACCGUUCUGGAAGAAAAUUAUUUGUAAUGCAAGACCUGCGUUUAUUAUACGAGUGCGAUACUUUUGCACAGGAUAACUGUGGUCUCGUCGUCGGGGCGGUGAUGCCAACGAUCGGCGUCGGAGCGAUGGAAAUCGCCGCAGGCACGGGCAUAUGAAAUGUGAAAAUGUCUGGGUCUGGAAGAAUGCACGUUUGUCAUGCUUGUCUGGCAUGACUCUUAAAUCUGUCAUGCACGUUACCCAACAGCUCCAUUUUUCUGUGAUGCAGAGACGCAGUUUGUCAUGCAGAAUAGGCAAUACCUAGAAGCUCAGAAACGAGUCAUGCGGAGCCAGCAUUUGUGGCCUCAUCAUGAGACGCCACCCAGCGUCACAAGUUUCCAGACCCAGACACGUUUGCAUUUGAUAGGGCACCGCCGUCGUGGGACCUGGGACGAUGGGGGUCUCACCAAGGCCGACCUUGGCACCAGCGCCUUCCGCUUGUCGGAGCAGCCCCUGGGACCGUUGACGCCGGGGAACGUGCGCACAGAGUGCGCCAAAGUGUGCACGCAGCUCGUGCCCCGGUGUGUAGGGUUCACGUACAUGGACGCGCAGAAAGAUUACCGGCAACAAGCGGACGUGCAGCCUGAAAGCAAAUACGGCCUCUAUGGAAGCGCCAGGAUUGAAAUCGUCAAAGUUGCAAAACUUUUUCAUGCAUAAAUUGCAAGGCAUGAAGUGCCUCUCUUGCAGGGAUGGCAAGUGAGGCCGAUUGUCAGCCUGUUUGGGGUCUGAGAUAGAGCUACUAAAGCAGCAUGACAAAAGACGCCUUCUGUUCCGAAGCAGCAUAACAGAUUGGAUUUAGACGCUGUUGAGAUUUGUCGCGCACCGCUUAGAAACUGGGCCACAACUUCCAUCCAUUUCAAUAUGCAUUACAAGUUAUUUCAACUUUGUCGAUUUAAAUCCUGACACAUCCAUAGGCUCCUGGACAACAAUAAAAUGGCGACGAUGGAGGCUAUGCUGGGGGGCACAGAGGAUAUCAAAUGCAAAAGUGUCUGGGUCUGGAAGAGUGUAAACUUGUCACGCAGGUUCUUCAUGACCCAGGAGGGCUGGAAUGCGGGGCCUAGCAUAACAAACAGAGUCUGAGAGGUCUCUGCCAUGCCUAUCCUGCGUGAGAAACUUCCUCCAAACUUGGUCGAAACUGGACAGCUUUUGGCACUCAUGCAGCACAGAUUUCUGCAUGAUUCGACUUGAGUGUGACAAGUUCCAACCUUCCAGACCCAGACACUUUUGCAUUUGAUAGAGGAUGGCAUGGAAACACAUACGGCGCGCCCUGGAACACCUUGCGCGCCGUGCCUUGAAAAUCACGCACACACCUGCAAAGAGGGCUGCGAAUAUCAAAAUAAUGAAAAAUCCUUCCUUCCCAUAUCAAGACGGAAAUCUGUAAUGCGGGAUUUGUGUAAGUAGACAGAUCCUCUCUGUUUUGCAGUACAGGAUGGCAGGCAGAUGCGAAGUGUGGGCAGGCGUGUUCCGGGCUAGGCGCUUAGCACGACAAACGUCCUCCCUGUGGGUCGAACAGCCUCACAAACCGCCUGCGUAUUGUGUUGUGGCAUACUUCUUCACUUGCCCUCUUGCAAGACAGACGCGAUUUGUGACCACGAAGCAGCAUGACAAGUUCGGAGCUGCAUGCUGUUUCAAUAUGGGCGGGAGGGGGGAGAUUUCCCCGCGAUAGCGCUAAAAUGGGGACCACUUGGACGCACACCGAGUUGCGGGCGCAUAUGGAUUGCAAAAAUGUCUGGGUCUGGAAACUUGUAAUGCUGCGUUGGGAAUAAUGAAUGCUCUGUAAUGCACAGCCAAGCAUGAGAAAUAUCGUGCGCAUCUUUGUGCUGCGUUUUUCUCAUGACAAACUGUGUCUUUGCAUGACAGGCAAGAGGGUCUCUUCUUGGACACGCGUCACAAGCUUUUUGGUCAUGCCAGACAAGCAUGACGAAUCUCGCAAUCUUCCAGACCCAGACACUUUUGCAUUUGAUAGCGCAAGAAGAAGAGCGACGCGGAACCUACUGCUGCAUCGUUAUGGAUUGCAAAAGUGUCUGGGUCUUGAAGAGUGGAACUUGUAAUGCUGUCUGCGGAUUCUAAAGAUAUCUGUGUUGCAUGAGCAGCAAGAGGAGUCAGUUCUUGGCACGCGGAGAGGGCAUUUCUCAUGCGUAAUUAGCAUCAAGAAGCUCUCAAAAAAUCUGUGAUGCUAGCACCAGCAUCACAGACCUCACGGGUCAUGCAAAAUGUGCAUCACAAGUCCCGACUCUUCCAGACCCAGACGCUUUUGUAGUUGAUAAUCGUCUAUCAGGGCCUAAAUCCGGGCAAGAUGAUAUGGAAGUGUCAGGAUUGAAAUCGACAAAGUUGAGAUGAUUUGUCAUGCAUAAAAUGAAUGCCAGUUGGAACCCAGUUUCCAAGCGGCGCGCAACAAAUUUUGGUGGUGCCUAAAUCCAGUUUGUAAUGCUGUUUAGUCAAUAAAGAAGGCUGAUAGAUUCUCUCACGUUGCUUGAGCAGCUGGAGGUCUAACCCAAAACACGCUUAAGUACAAUCGGCCUCACUUGCCUGCUCUGCAACAGCAACGCACGGACUUCGCGUCAUGCAUUUUAUGCGUGGCAAGUUAAUAUUUGAACUCUGACGAGUUCGAAGAUCCUGACACUCGCAUAGACGAAACUCGAGUCCGAGCGACGCAGGCACACUAACCCCGAGACGGUAUCAAAUGUAAAAGUGUCUGGGUCUGGAAGAUUGCAAGGUUUGCCAUGCACAUUUUGCAUGGCCCGUGAUGUCUGUGAUGUAUGCACCAGCAUCACAAAUUUUUUGCUGGCAUCUUGCUGCCUAUCCCGCAUGAAAAAUCCCGUCAACGCGGGGCAAAAAGUGGAGGCCUCUUGUUGCUCAUGCAAUACAUAUUUUUUUGGAUUCCAAAAAUAGCAUCACAAGUUGCAUUCUUCCAGACCCAGACGCUUUUGCAUUUGAUAGACGGGUAGCGGGGACGAUGGAUCUGCGAAUCGUCGCCGUGAAGACAAGUGCAGGCGUAUCAAAAGGAAAAAUCCCCCCUCCCCAUAUCGAAACGAAGUUUCUGAUGCUGGAUUUGCGUACACAGAUCAUGUCUGUCUUGCUGGAGAGGACAGCAGGCUUAUGCCAAGCCUGGGUCGAGAGGUUUUGACGUAGGGGACUAGCAUGACAGAUGUCGGCUCUGUAAGCCCAAUAGCAUCACAAGCCGCCGGCAUAAUGUGGCGGACUCUCUGGCUUUGCCUUCUUGCAAGACAGACAUGUGAGCCAGUAAUUACUGAUACCCCCGUAAUAUAUUUGUAUGCCAGUACACGAAGGGCCCUGCCCCUUCCUGUCCUAGAACAAACGCCACAUACAAAUCGCCAGUGCAUAUAAAGUGGCCACUUUGUCUGGCCCCUUCUGGUCCCGCCGGACCCUUCCAGCACUGGCCCGGCCGUCAAGUACGGGGCCCCCAGUAACUACUGGGGGCCCCGUACGCAACUGGUCCUAAGAUGCCCCUGCGCCCUCGUUUUAUAUUGCCCUGGUUUUGUCCGACUGCAAUACGUGGCUGCGUAGCCAAAACAAAACGGCCACUGAGUGAAAAACAUUGAAAAAAGAGCACCGCCGCGGUCUUCUCCACUUUCAGUAGACUCUGCAGCAAGAGCGCUAAGGAGCGAGAGAAUUCUGCUAGCUACCAAAGCGCGCACGCGAAACACACUCGGCCCUUGUAUGUUUUCGAAGCGCCGCCUGCAAGCGUGCCCCCACCGCCUGCUAACAAAAUAUCGAUCCGCAAUAGGUCCUCACCGCGCGCGCGCCGCUAGUUUUUUUGGUUUAGCGCCCCUUUUCUCCGCUUGUGUUGCUCCUUGUGCGCAGUGCGCGCUCCGCAAGCCUCCCUUUGCGCUCUUCUGUUGUUCCGCGGAGCGAUCUUUUCGCGCGCGGUGGAUUGUGGCCUGUUUUGCGUCCGGCAGUGCCACACGACUCCGUUGUAUGCGUCCGGCAGUACAUACAACAACUCCUUUUUUGUACAGUGUAUUUCGGUGCUCCUCUCUCCUUUCGUAUGUAUUCUGGUCCUUUCGUAUGUUGUAGGUACCCUUCGCGUACUGGGUGCCCUUCGUGUACUGGUUCACAUGAUAUGUGACCUCAAAUCUGCAUCACAAAUUUUCAGACGAAUGCGUUUUCAAUCUGGGGAGGGGGGAUAUUUGCUUGCGAUAAGGCGGAUUAAUCGCGAGGCGCCCUACGAGAACGAGGACUGGACCGAGAAUCCCGAUUUAGAAGGCAUAGGCUAUCCACCUGAGAGUGCCGACCCCAUUCCCUGCAAAGCACCUAGUCGGAGGCGGCAGCACCAUAUCACAGGAAAAAAGUGUUACAGUUUACGCAUUUGUUGUAAUUUCAGCAUCACAAAGUUGCUCUGCAUGAUCAAGGAAUACUUUGAUGUAAUGCGCAGAUUAUAAGGGAAAACACGAGAGAAAUGACGCUGGCAAACACUACCUGCAUGACAGAGGUUGUCUGUCUUGCUUGUCUUGCAUCAGAGUGUGUAACUGUAACACUUUUAUUUUCUUGUGAUACACCAAGUGUUUCCCGUGUCAGGGCUAUGAAAGUGCACAACUACUCCUCCUCCCCGUCAUUUGUCAUGCAAGUUCCCAAAUCCAGGCUGUGCCUCUCAGCACUGUUUGCAUGACAAGUUCUGGUAGCCGAAACAGCACUACAAUCCAGUGUGAAUUUGUCAUGCAAAACCGGCGCUCUUCUUCUUGCUGAUGCUUGUGCUGCCGUUCAUACUAAAUAAAUGAGGGAGAGAAGGACUUGUGCACUGUCAUAAGGGCACUGGUGGAGUUACCUGCGCGACCUGGACUUCGUUCGAGGCCACAUAUUGAACCCCGAUGAGGUAUGGGGGUGCAACCAGGAUCGAAAUUCAGAAAGUUGAAAUGAUUUGUGACGCAUAAAAUCGAUACCAGUUGGAAUCCAGUUUGUAAUUGGUGCGUGACAAAUUUUGGCAGCAUUGAAAUUCAAUUUGUCAUGCUGUUUAGGUACAGAACGAAGGCUGCUUUUGUCGUGCUACUUCAGCAGCUUUAUGCGAAACCCCAAACAGGGUUACAGUUGGCCUCUCUCGCAAUCCCUGCAAGACAGUCACUUCAUGCCUUGCGUUUUGUGCAUUACAACUUUGUUGAUUUCAAUCCUGACACUCCCAUAUGAGGCGCGGUACGGGCAGCGGUUUCUGGCGCAGUCCGAGGCGGGGGCGCGGACCGCUACGGAUGAUCCCAAUUUGCAGUUGCCGGCGCGGCCGUACGUGGUGCAGUACGGUACGUGGGGGUCCUGCGAAGUCUUCACGGACCCCGAUUUCGAGUUCCGGAAGAUACCUAUUCAGGGGAAAAAUCCCCCCUCCCCAUACCAAAAAGGGACACUGCUGAAUAUUUGUAUAUGCUGAUUUGUGGCCACAGAUCGUCCCUGUAUUGCAAGAGGGCAAAGCCAGAGACUCCGCCGCGUUAUUUCGCAGGCACUUUGUAACGCUGUACCGCCUACAGAGGACACGCCUGCCUUGCUAGGCGCCUACACCACAACGCCCCUACUCAGGCGCUGCAUCUGUCUGCAGUCCUCUGCUGCAAGACAGAUGGGAUUUGUGUACACAAAUCCCGUAUCGCAGAUUUCCGUUUUCAUAUAAUGGGGAGGGGGGAUUUUUCACUUUGAUAAUUCCGAAGACCUUGAGUCCCAGGCCCGGACUCGUGGAGUCUGUCUAUCUAUUGUGAGGAAAAAUCCCCCCUCCCCAUACUAGACCGGGAUACUUCUGAAAAUUUGCGAUGCUGAUUUGCGACCACAAUUCGUCGCUGUAUUGCAAGAAGGCAAAUCCAAAAACUUCGGCGCGUCGUCCUGCAGGCAAUUUGUAAUGCUGUAUGGCCUGCGGAGAAUGUGCCUGCCUUGCUAAGCGCCUACAUCAAAACGCCGCUACUCCGGCUGAGCAUCUGUCUGCAAUCCUUUACUGCAAGACAAAGCCGAUAUGUGUACACAAAUCCCGCAUCACAGAUUUCCAUUGCGAUAUGGGGAGGGGGGAUUUUUCCUUUUGAUACUAUCAGGCUGGCGGCGAGCCGGACAGCGUGGAAGCCGAUAAGGAGUGCGCGCUGCAGUGCUUUCGUGAGGUCGCGUGCAAUAUCAAGUGUAAAAAUGUCUGGGUCUGGAAGAAUUCAUGUUUGUCAUGCUUGUCUGGCAUGACUCUUAAAUCUGUCAUGCACGUUACCCAAGAGCUGCGUUUUUCUGUGAUGCAGAAGCGCAGUUUGUCAUGCAGAAUAGGCAACACCUAGGAGCUCAGAAACUUGUCAUGCUGAGCCAGCAUUUGUGGCCUCAUCAUGAGACGCCACCCAGCAGCACAAGUUUCCAGACCCAGACACUUUUACAUUUGAUAUGCAACGCGUUCGCGCGGCCCAUUGCGGAUGUCACAUGCUGCGUGCUAUUCGUAUCAAAAGGAAAAAUCCCCCCUCCCCACAUCAAAACGAAAUUUCGGAUGCUGGAUUUGAGUACACAAAUCAGGUUUGUAUUGCAGGAAAGCAUUGCAGUCAGAUCCCCAGGCUAGGGGAAGGGCGUAUGCGUCUAGUUGUUCAGCAUGGCAAGCGGCUCCCCUUUAGGCCCAACAGCAUGACAAAUCGCUUCCAUAGUGGGGCGGAAGCUUCUGCCCUUGUCUUCUUGCAAUACAAAUGCGAUUUGCGACCUCAAAUCAGCAACACAAAUUUUCGGAAACAUACCUUUUCGAUAUGGGGAGGGGGGAUUUUUGCUUUUGAUAAUUCGAGCUCGCCCUUUACGACCCCAGUGGGAAGAGCAACCAGGUGCUGGGUGAGGAUAUGGAAGUAGCGUCAGGCUGGAAACUUCUUGCAGACGGCAAAUAUUUUUACCUAUAUCAUGUAGAAAAUUUUUUGCUAUGCAUGUUGGACGUCCUGGGGUGCGACAUCCUAGAUGGCAGUGCGCUUGUGUGAUAAAUGCAGAUGAGAUCAUGAUGAUGAUGUUGACAAUGACUACGGCAGAAGUUGUCCCAGUUGCGAGACAGGGGGUGGUGGAUUCUAGACCAGUUGAGAGCAGUCCUCGUCAAGAAGGGACAUGGAGGCACUGCCUAGCAUGACGCUGACCCACGUCCUUGCCCUAAGUACUUAGUGGUCGGCCCCGAUUUAUUAUUGCGCCAAGUGUACUAGGCAGGAAAACGAAAAUUUGAUGUCACGACCGUGCGCCGCCCACCCGAAAUAAAUUGAGGACCCAAGUUCAUCUUCAUCUGAAAAGCACGAAAAUAAGGGAAUGAUCGAUUAUAAAUUACAAUAAAUACAUGCAUGAGAAAUAAAAUCGAAUUGAGUUUUUAGUAAUUGCCACUCAGACCUCGAUUUUCAGCCUUGCAACUGCUCGACAUGGGAGAUUAAACAGCUGAAGGAUGUAGACGGUAACCCCAAAACGGACGCGGGUGGAAAUGAGCUAAAAGAGACCGUUACAACAGGCGAUGUCGAUUUAUGGGACUCUCAAACGUUACAUUCUCAACUGUUAUAUGAAUUACUAUCUAAACUGCAGCAGCUGGUCAAAAAUGCAUGCGAGGGGUAUGUUCGGGGGCAUGUUCGGGGGUGUGUCAGGGGUAUGCAAAUGGCAGUCAGUCACGACCUGAAUACAAAUUUUUGGCGAAAAAGCAGAAGGUGGGGUAUAAACAUACCCCAGACACACCCCAGACACACCCCAGACAUACCCCAGACAGACCCCCGAACACACCCCAGGCAAAAAGUCCGAACAUACCCCAGACACACCCCGGACACACCCCGGGCAGACUUUCGGACACACCCCGGACAGACUUUCGGACACACCCCGGCCAAACUUUCGGACUUUGUCACGCGAGGUUUGGCCCCGAAGUCCAGUCUGUCACGCGUCGCGAGACGGACCGCGCGGCCACGGGGCGAAAGCCCUAGGCCAGCGCGGGGACUUGGUCCCCGCGUCAUGGCCUGCAAGUGCUUCCCGGACACCGUGCGGCCACGGGGCGAAAGCCCUAGGCCAGCGCGGGGACUCGGCCCCCGCGUCAUGGCCUAGGGGUCAGCUGCAAGCGCUUCCCGGACACCGUGCGGCCACGGGGCGAAAGCCCUAGGCCAGCGCGGGGACUCGGUCCCCGCGUCAUGGCCUAGGGGUCAGCUGCAAGUGCUUCCCGGACACCGUGCGGCCACGGGGCGAAAGCCCUAGGCCAGCGCGGGGACUCGGUCCCCGUGCCAUGGCCUAGGGGCCAGCAGCAAGUCCUUCCGUUCCCGGACACCGUGCGGCCACGGGGCGAAAGCCCUAGGCCAGCGCGGGGACUCGGUCCUCGCGUCAUGGCCUAGGGGUCAGCUGCAAGUGCUUCCCGGACACCGUGCGGCCACGGGGCGAAAACCCUAGGCCAGCGCGGGGACUCGGUCCCCGCGUCAUGGCCUAGGGGUCAGCUGCAAGCGCUUCCCGGACACCGUGCGGCCACGGGGCGAAUGCCCUAGGCCAGCGCGGGGACCCGGUCCCCGCGUCAUGGCUUAGGGGCUAGCUACGAACACUCUCCGGACACCACGCCCCGCGGUCAAGAAAGCACGGGGCGAAGGAAAUCCCUAGGGCAGAAGUGUGGGGAUUCUGUCGCCGCGUCAUGACUUGCGGGCCGGCUCGCUCCAGACCCGCACCCGGCGCCAGUUUCUUCUUUUCUUACUUUCAAUUAUCUUUGCGCGCGGCAGGUGAACGGACCUAGUGCGCGCAAGCAAGGGAGCCGCGUCCGCAGGCCCGUCGCGGGUCAGUGAAUGCAAGGCGCGCCGAGAUACCUAGCUGCAGGCGACCUGCCUGCCCAGUGCCACCGCGCAGGCAGGCAAAUGCCGGAAGGUCGCCGCACGGGGACUCUGUCACUGUCCCCGUGCUCGGACCUUGUUUGUAAUGCAAGAACCGCAACAGUCAAAGGGGCAAGCUUGGUGCUUUCGCAUCACAGAUUUGGCACAGAUUUAGAUGCUGCCUAGAAGGCCUCCGGAGAUUUAUUGUCAUGCCAAGCAGCUUGAUGAUCUUGCCGCUUACGGUAGUUUUGCAUGACAAAUGCAUGUAACAGUUGAGAAUUAUGUAACGGUUGAGAACUCCAUACGAUUUUGUGGAUCCGCCUGCCUUCAUCUAUGACGACAAUCUGGACAAGGUCAGCGGUCCCUUCGCGCUUGCAAAUCGCGAGGUUGUUAUUGGUAUCCUGGGUAAAAGUAUUGUACUCGUAGUUAUCGCAAUCAUGCAUUGCAAAUUUCCAUUCCAAGGUAAAACAGCAUAAUAUAUUUACAUUUGUCAUGCUGGGUGCCCGAAUUUGUGAUGCGGUUUCUACUAGUGCGAUGCUUUUGCAAUGCAUAAUUGGCGCACGCUACACCGCCCGGCUUUUUAAAUUGGGGUACGAAGAUAUGAGAGUGCACAACUUCCCCUCCCCCUCAUUUGUGUUGCAUGAACAGCAAAACAAGCGCUGGCAGUAAAGAUGCAACUUUUGCAUGACAAAUUCCUCGGUGAACGUAGUGCUCCUGAUUUGGCAGCUUUCGGAAUCUGUCAUGCAAAGAGUGCUAACAGGCAGAAGGUAGAUUUGGGAUUUUGCAUGACAAAUGAGGGGGAGGAGGAGCUGCGCACUGUCAUAGAAGAUCUCGGGGGCGUGGAAAUGCAGCCGUUCGAUCCGAGCUCGGGAAUGGUAUCCUGUGCAAAUAAAGUAUCGUAUUCGUAUAUAUGCAAGUCUUGCAUUACAAAUUUUUUUCUCAAGGUAAAUCCGCAUUACAAAUUUUAAUUCUCACGCUGAGGAAAUUUGUCAUGCAUUUAUACGAGUGCGAUACUUGUUUUGCAGUUCAUAAAUGGUGAAUCAUCGCGAUCUAUAAAAUGCAAAUAUGUCUUGGUCUGCAAGAGUGCAUUUUGAUUUUUGUCAGGCAGGGUUUCCAUGGCCCACGAGGUCUGGCAUCAUGUGGGACAGAGCGUGACAGAUCCUGUGAGAGUAAGUUCUAUCAUGCCAAUCCUGUAUGAGAAACUGCCUCUCGUCGUCGAUUAGGUCAAAAGUGGACAGCUUUCGGUAAUCAUGCAACACAGAUUUUUACAUGCUUCAGUUGUAGCAUGACAAGUUGCUUUGUUCCAGACCCAGACAUACUUACAUCUGAUACGAUCCUGCUCGGAAGAAUUACGACGCCAUAUCAACAGUCAAUUUCCCGUACACGUACAAAUGCGGUCUCUGCAUGACAAAAAUUGGCUUUGGUCCUAGUUUAGCAUGGCAAGUUUUACUCUCGAAAUUGGUGAAGUUUGUGAUGCAUCCUGUACAUGUACGGAAAAUUUGUAUUGUAUACGCCAAUCACAUAUACAACGGCAGUCCCGACAUCGGGUGCGUGCGGCUUUCGAACACAGACAUUCGGCCGACCCCCAUAUCAAAUGCAAAUAUGCCACCUAGAGGGUCUGGAAGAUUGCUAGGUUUGCCAUGCAGGCUUUCCAUGACCACCCACGAGGGCUGGCAUAAGCAUGCCCACGCCGCUAGCAUGACAGAAGAUUCCGUGAGGUCUCUACCAUCCCUCUUCUGCAUGAUGAGAAACCGCCUCUAAGCUUGAUGUUCUUUCAAAAGGGGGCAACUUUUGGCAAUCAUGCAACACAAGAAUUUUUUUUUCACGAUCUAGGGUGGUUCCAGGUUCGAGAUUUAGCAUGACAAGUUACACUCUAUUAUUCGAGACCCAGAUCGAUAUUUGCAAUGCAUACCCCGGGAUCUCGCGCCACUUCACCUAUGGCAGCGCGCAGGAUAAAGCGCUUGACGGUGGAGGUGGCAACGGCAGGCGGCGGUAUCACAACCCGAUGCAGUAUCGUGUGGGCUUCAAUGACCUGCUCUAUCCUGUUUAAAAACGUCCCAGCCCGCCCAGAGGUGCCACAGCAAACUUCACGACAUGUUAUGAACGGACAAAAUACAACUUGACGUUGACCCCAGUUGUAAUAGCAUAUACUGUUACCAGAAUGAAACGAGCGACCUACGAGAAUGACGCAGCAAACGGGGCGCCACCCGCUUCCAACUUUUCCCGCUCCGGACGGGGUAGAAGCUGCACUUUUCACGGGGCUUCUGCCCGUUUUUUCGCGCAAAGCUGCUUGCUUUUACACGCGGUUUUUCUCCACUGACUCGAGCGGUCGGGUGGAGAAAAACCGCAUUUCAAAUUCGCAAAACCGGCUGGAUUUGGAUGCGGUUUUUCUCCACGUAGGAGAAAAACCGCAUCACAAAUUCGCAAAUUUCGAUGCGAUCUUUCUCCCCCCGAGGUCUCGGGCGGAGAAAGACCGCACUACAAAAGACCCGAGCUCCGGUUGUUCUCCGCAUUACAAAUGCGGAAAACCCGGGCUCUCGGCAUUACAAAUCCCCCUUUCGCCACAAGCGGCUGCUACCGCACCGUCGUGCGUAACCUUUUGCGCGAUUCUAUCAUCAAGCUACAAAAUAAUUCACAUUCCCCCACACACGUAUCGAUAGCAUCGGGCAUUAGGUUAUGCUGCAUGGUAUCGCUGCGUGCGAAUUUCCCUUGCAGCCAUACCAUGCGGCAUUAGGUUAUGCGCGAACUGUGGUUGUCUUUUUCUCCCCCGUUGGGCGUUGUGCAGGUUCUUUUCCCCCCCAAACACGACCGGACUGCGGGAAAAGUUGUGGCUUAGGGUGGAGCCGCAAGUUUUCGAUCGUGUAAUAGAUGAGCCCCGCCCAACUUGUUUCGUCCGCCUGCUUGUGCUUCUCGGAUAUACAAACCACUGCCAGUAGGAUGGGAUAUACAAACCACUGCACGCCCCAGCCCGCUCAGAGUUGCCACAGCAGACUUCAGCUUCGCGACCUGUGGCCACGACAUCUACCCUGGUAGAUUCUUUUCGUGGAGUGAUUGGAGGGGGUUCUCCCCCCGUUCUGUUUUGUAUAUGGGCUGGCAGAUCCCUAGAAGCUAAUGCCUGGAGUUGUUGGUCUUCCGCCCCUUAGAGUGGGGCUGUAGAAGAAGUCAACGCGGACGGAGUCCACCGUUUGCGGGAUUGGAUGGUUUGGGGCUGGAUUAACUUCUUUUCUAGAAGUUUUGUACUAGGUAGACUGCGGUCGUUCAUCUUGCGUAGGAAUGAAUGGUAGCAAGCGUGCUCUGAGUGCACCAGUGCCAUUCCGCCUGGAGGGCGCUUCCCGGCGGGGAAGAGUGUGCUAGGAGGUUUGCGCUAGAAUGACUAGCAGCAAGGGCAGUGCUCUGAGUGCACCAGUGCCAUUCCGCCUGGAGGGCGCUUCCCAGCGGGGAAGAAAGUGGUAGGAAGAAUUCGGCGGGAAGAAUGGCAGCAAGCGUGCUCUGAGUGCGCCUGGGGGUCUGGUUUGUGACCUCCCAAACUUUCUGUGGUAUUUCUUUUUGGCCUUGCGAGAGGUAGUGCGGAUCCCUGCAAGUAUGUGGGGCCGUGCGGGUAGCGUCCAUGCUGCAGCCGGGUUGUGGCUGGCCUGCCGAGUCCUUACGCACUUCUAUUGGGAGUGCUGCUGUAUGUUGGGGUCUGGCGUCCGUACCUUUCGAGGCUAUCCUGGGGAUCAGGACCGCCCCUUCCUUGUCGCGCUCGCGCAACUCUUAGUUCUUCUACACCAGGGGGGCUCUGCUCUGUCUUCGGUCUCGCCUUGCUUUGGGAACAGGGGUCGUCUGGCACAGCAAACUUCCGAAGCGCAGGGGUUUCAAAACGUGUGGCGCAGGGGUUUCAAAACGUCCCAGCCCGCCCAGAGUUGCCAAAGCAAACUUCGCGACAUGUGGCCACGAGGACACAGAGUUGGUUCGGCGACAGCUUCUCUUUUACUUCCAUCGAAGUUUCAAACUUUUCCGUGCUUUAAUUUGGUCUUUUCGACGUUGACUUUUCAGCACAUAGUUGUAGCGACGCAGAGUUGCAUUUACAGAAAAAGUUGUAGUGCUAGUGCGCAUCUCCAUGAUGAGAGCCAUCCCUUCUCGUCCCACUGUGUAUCGGUAUCUGUAGUGCUGUAGACAGGAUAAGCGCAUGGCUUUGUGGUGCGUAGUCCUACUUGCUAAACUUGUUAGUACAAAAGGAAAAACUGUCAUGUGUGAAUCGCAAAGCUUCUCGAUUUGUGUUGCAAAGUGCGCAACUUGACUCUUAGUUGGGGGCGUUUUUACACAGGAUAUGCUCGAAGAUAGUGCUAACCUUGACGAUUGGAAGCGGGCGUCGAUCAUGGCUGCGGACGUGGGGGCCCACAAAAAGAGAACCAUGGACAGCUCGGACACUAAUCCGAAUUACAAAACGUCAGCCGACGAAACCGACGUAUUUGGAAAGGGGUUGCUGGAAACAGGAGGUUACACAGAUACAGGCGACAACGACCAGCUUGUCGAGGCUGCUAAUGGCGUCUGCGUCUCGUAUCGCAUGUGUUUUGCCCUGUGCGCUGCGUUCAAGGACUGCUUCGGCUUCGUGUAUGACAGGAACGCCCACAUGCCGUAUCAAAAGGAAAAAUCCCCCCUCCACAUAUCAGAACGAAGUUUCUGAUGCUGGAUUUCGGUACACAAAUCUGUCUUGCAGUAGAGAACUGCAGACAUAUGCCAAGCCCGAUUCGAGAGGUUUUGGCGUAGGCGCCUAGCAUGGCAAACGUCUAGGCUGUAUCUGUAAGCCCAACAGCAUCACAAACCGCCUGCAUAACGCGCCGGACUCUCUGGGUUCGCCUUCUUGCAACACAGAUAGGAUUUGUGGUCACAAAUCUGCCCCACAAAUUUUCAGACGAGUGCGUUUUCCAUAUGGGGAGGGGGGAUUUUUCCUCACAAUAUGCCGGGGGGGCACCCCUAUGAUUACAAAGGGAUCGCCGUCGACGGAAGUGACUUCGACUCCGGAGGGCAUAUGAAAUGCAAAAAUGUCAUCUGGGUCUGGAAGAGUGCCAGACUUGUCAUGCAGGUUUUCCAUGACCCAUGAGGUCUGGCAUGUAGGACAUAGCAUGACAGAUCCUGUGAGAGUUCCAUAAUCAUGCCUAUCCUGCAUGUGGAACUGCCUCUCGAUUAGGUCAAAAGUGGACAGCUUUUGGUAAUCAUGCAACACAGAUCUUCACAUGAUUCAGAUUCAGCAUGACAAGUUGCUUUGUUCCAGACCCAGACGCUUUUACAUUUGAUAGGGCAGUAUCAAAUGCAAAAAGUAAUAUUAUGUCUGGGUCAACAUCUGGAAGAAUCACAAUCAGCGUGCGUAAGUUUGUCAGGCGGCAUCUUCUGCAUCUUUUGGAUUCCACAGCUGUUUUGGAAUGCACCGCGCGAAUAAAGCAUAAUAGAAAAUAUGCUCAGGUCUGUUGAUGCCUAUCCAGGAACAACAGGAGAAAAUCCCUUUUUGCAGUGCAAAAAGAAAUGGACAACUUUUGGCGUUUAUGCAACACGAAUUUUUGCAUUGUCCCGACUUUCCAUGACAAGCUCGCAUUCUUCUAGAGGACGUAGUAGACUACACAUUUGCAAUGCAUAGGCAGGGGGACCACACCAUCCCCCCGGCGGAGCUAAAUCGCGGAGAUGGCAGGGAGGCCCCGAACUUCCGCCCGGAAGACAUGCAGACUUACGGAGGCGAUCCCAUAUCAAAUGCAAUUUAGCGAAGAUCUGGGUCAUCUGGGAGAAUGCACUUGUCUGUCAUGCACGUUUUUUUGCAUGACCACCCGUGACUGAGCGUGAUCAUGUCAUCUGUGAUGCAUGCCAUAGUACCACCGAUUUUCUGAGGACUUCCUGAUGCAAAUCCCGCCUGAGAAAAAAAUUUCUGUCCGCAACGUAAAAAAAACUGGACUCAUCUUGCUGCUCAUGCAAUACAGAUCCUGUUAGAAUCCAAGCGCGGCAUUACAGGAUGAGAUCCUUCCAGACUCAGACAUAUUUGUUGUGCAUAACCCGUUUGCGGUGGCAACAUGGACCAUAUUACAGUGCACAACUCCCCCUCCCCCUCAUUUGUAUUGCAUGAACGGCAAGACAAACACCCCCACCUGUGCAGCCUGUGCAUAGCAAGUUCAUGCGCCUAGUGUGCGUACUGUUUGGGCCGCUUCCGGAAUCUGUCACGCAAACAAUACCAUGCAGCAGCGCUUGGGUUUGGUAUUCUGCAUGACAAAUGAGGGGGAGGCGGGGGAGUUGUGCACCCUCAUAGACAAGGACAAGUUCGGGAAUGAGACGCGGAGCUGCUACUUUCUGGGUCAAGAGUUUUAUGAACUGCAAAUAUGCUUUGGUCUGGAAAAAUCUGCAGGACUUGUCAUGCAGGUUUUUCAUGACCCAUGGCAUGCGGUCCUCUGGUAGACAUGCAUACUGGCAUUGCAGAUUCUGUGUAGUUGACCUCUCUACUAGUAUGCCUCUCCUGCAUGAGAAUAAACUGCCUCGCAACUGAGUCAAAAGUGGACAGCUUUUGGUACUCAGGCAACUUCUACACAGAUUUUGGCGCGAGCAUGAGAAGUUGCAACCUCCCCGACCGCCCAAACGUAUCUGCAGUUGAUAAGUUUGCGGACUACACAAACUGGCUAUGAAUUGCAAAAGUAUCGUACUUGUACUAGUAGCAAUUGCAUUACAAAUUGGCUCAGCGCUGGAGAUUGAAUUUGUAAAGUGCUAUAUUUACCUUGAGAAAUAAGAGAUUUGUCAUGCAUAUUUCUUUGCGAUGAGCACGAGUGCGAUACUUUUGCACAGGAUAUUGGCCGGUCGGCCACGACGAUCAGCGGGAAAGCGACAUACCAAAAGGAAAAAUCCACCCUCCUCAGAUCAAAACGGAAAUUUGUGAUGCAGGAUUUGUGUACACAAAUCAAAUCUGUCUUGCUGUAGGGUACUGCACGCAGAUCGCAAGCCUAGGCAGGGGCCGUUUGAUGUACGUGCUUAGCAUGGCAAACGUCGGCCCUGUAGGCCUUACAGCAUGACAAAUCGCCUGCGAAACGUGGCGGAGUCUCUGCGUUUGCCUUCCUGCAAGACAGAUGACGGGAUCUAUGGCGAUGGCCACAAAUCUGCGUCACAAAUUUCAGAAGGAUGCGCUUUCAAUUUGGGGAAGGUGGAUCUUUCCGUGCAAUGCGACAAUCUCAGCACGGCGUGCCCUGAAGGUCAACAGACCGACUCAAGCAACCAAUUCUGCUACGCUUUCAAUGAAGCAACCGACUCAAGCGUCGAUCCCGAUGGCGAUCCCGAUGCCGAUUGCCCCACCUGCAAGUUUAAGGAUGACACGGAAUGGGCCAACGGAAGCGCAGCGCCCUGGAACAACGACCGCGAUGACAGGACAAGACUUCAGUUCAAGCACACAGGUAAUGAUGGGAAGCCCACCUACAAAAGCGCAACAGCUAUGGGGGCGUAAUCAGGAACAGGUUCGACAAAGUUGAAAUAACUUGCAAGGCGUAAAACAGCUUUCAGUUGGAACGAAGCCCAAGGUCUACGGGGCGCAUGAAAAAUUUUGGUAGCACCUAAACUGAUAGAUUCAGUUUGUCAUGCUGUUUGGGGAGAGAGAGCAUCUUUUGUCAUGCUAAAUUGAGCGGCUGUGUCUCUAUCUAAUCAGUGGUCUCCAACCCACCCAAACAGGCUCACAAUGGUCGUCGUUUGCUUGCCCUCAUAAUCAUACGUCCUAUAUUUAUAAAUGCAAUGUCCAGGAGCAGGACAUUGGAUUUUAUGCACGAACAAGACAAGUGCAAGUUAGUAGUCAUUUCAACUUUAUUUUCAAAAUUCCAUUUCGACCCUCACACUUCCAUAAAAGCAGAACCGAGCGACUUCGGUAUCAAAUGUAAAAAUGUCUGGGUCUGGAAGAAUGCAGUUUGUCAUGCGAAAUCUGAAGCAUGCAAAAAUCUGUGUUGCAUUAUUACCAAAACUCGUCCAGUUUUGACCAAGUCGGGAGGCAGUUUCUCAUGCAGGAUAGGCAUGAGAAAGAUCGCACAGAAUCUGUCAUGCUAGGUCCUGCAUUCCAGACCUCACGGGUCAUGGAAAAUCUGCAUGACAAAUCGCGCAUUCUUCCAGACCCAGACAUUUUUACACUUGAUAUUCGGCCUCCUGUACCAAAAUUACGCGGAGAAUUUUGACACCCUGAUUAUGACCCCAACGUGCCGAAUAUGACAGUGCACAACUCCCCCUCGGUCUCAUUUCUCAUGCAGAAUACCCAACCCACGCUUUGCCUCCUGUCACUAUUAUGCAUGACAAGUUCCGGUAGCCCAAAUACCACUAUACUUCAGUGCAAAUUCGUCAUGCAAAACCGGCAUUCUUGCUGAUGCUUGCAUUGCCGUUCAUGCUAUACAAAUGAGGGGGAGGGGGAGUUGUGCACUGGUAUACCGAAACGCGGCCCAGAAUCACGCCCAGCUCUCGCUUCUGAUCGACAAAGUGAUAGACGCGAACACCGACGCUACAGGCGUGGUACAGACUACCCUUGCCACCUGAGGAGCUAGCACUACAACAUGAAGAUCUCGAACACGACCGGCGCUACAGGCUUGGAACACAGUACUUUUUACCCUUGCGAAGUAGAACGGAGCUAAGACUUCGUUCAACAUCUCCCCGCGACCUUAGGCAAGGGCGACCAUGACCGGCAUGUGCUCGACUUGUUCUAGUCCACCGCCGAAUUAUGAAUCUCACGAGCGUGGUGCCGCAGAAGUGCAGUGGUCUCGUAUCAAGGUCAUGCUGGUGUUCGUCCACCUGCGAACUGCAUCGAAGAAUCUGCGUCCCGGCUGUCGCGAUGGGCUCCGGCUCCGGGCCGAGAAGAGUAUAUUUAUCUAUCAACCGCGAAUAUGUUCUUUGGGCGGGGAAACAACUUGUAGGCAAUGCUAUUUCUAUGAGUGAAAGUGAUGAACGAGAACGUACGCAGCCAAGCAUGAAAAUUUUAGGAACAAUGUUCUUGUGAUGCGUGUUGACACCCAUGAGAAACGGGGUGUAGUCGGCAUCGCAAUAAAGUUACAGUGCUUGCGUCCCUGAAAAUUAUGUAGUACACAGCUCAGGAGUAUGAAGAGAGUGCAAAACCCUACAAGUCUGGCACUGCUCCAGCCCCAUACGCGUUUGCAUUCGAUAGUGCACCGCUGUCCAGGCUGAUUACUAGAUGUGGCAGUUCAAGAUGAGAAAACCUGCGACAGGGAAAGCACAGUGCGCGUGGUCGACUUUGGUUAGUGAUAUGCAACAGCAACGACCACAACCUCAAAAACAAAAGCCCACUGUCCAUCGGUAUCGUUCAGUUCCACCACCACUGUGCCGAAAUAUUUGAUUUUCGGAAGCUGCGGCCUCUAUUUCAGAUCCAGUUUCUGCUACAACUCAUCCGUCAGUUCAAACAGCGGGAGGUGGCGCCAUCUACCUGUUCUUGGGUCGGGAAUUUUUGGGCGGGAUCGAAAUGUGGACCAGAAAAACGCUACCUAGUUCUGUAAUCUAUGAAGCUGCUUGGUGAACAAGAUUAUGCAAAACAAAUUAUUUUGCGAGUCAGUUAAUUGUUGUUCCAUCAUCAUGUCCAAAAUAUGAGUUAUUUCGAUGCACUUUUUGCUGUUCUGGUAUGUACAUAGAAGAAUAGAUACUACACAACAAGGAGGUUAGUACUAGACGUAGAUGAUUUAUUUUGAUUUCGAAGAAAGUGACAUCUUAAAUUGGUCUAGUUUUGCUGUAUCUAUGCAUUGCAAAUAUGUUUGGGUCUGGGACGAGGAUGGGGAUUCGCCGCGAUGGUGCCCAUUGACGCUCACACAAAAAAAAAUAGCUCUGAUGCAUAAGAAAGUGGUAAGAAAAACCCUCUACUUAAUAUAUUUUGGCCACCAUGAAGAGGACGUCGACUCGGGACUUCUGCUGCAGAAUAGGCAUCCUCACUUUCAAUUGCGUUCGUAAAGCUUUUGCAGACUCUAGCAGACUGGGCCGCGCCCUUGUUCACCUUCUACAUCUACUUAGACUCCUGCAUGAGAUGAAACUUCGCCAUUUUAUUUCCAGAUCCAGACCUCGACAUGUCUGCAUUUGAUACCUAGAAGCUGCCAGGUAUGGAUGUGUCAGGAUCGAAAUCAACAAAAUCGAAAUAAUUCGUGAUGCAUAAAAUGGAUACCAUUACCACUUGAGGCCGCAGCUUCCAAGUGGCGCAUGAUAAAGUUCGGGAGCACCAAGAUCCAGUCUGUCAUGCUGUUUGGGCAAAGAAGACUGCUCCUCUCAUGCUACUCUGUCAGCACAUUCCAUACCCCAAAACAGGCUUGCAAUCGGCCUCAUUUGCCUGCUGCCCAACACAGGCCUUCGGUGCCCUACAUUUUAGGCAUUACAAAUUUUUCGAUUUUGGCGAUUUCGAUCCUGACACUCUCAUACCAGGCUCCGGAAGGACCUGAACAACCUGAACCGGGAUUGCAAUAAACAGUCAUGUCGUAUCAAAUGGAAAAAUGUCUGGGUCUGGAAGAAUGCAACUUGUCAUGCGAAAUCUGAAGCAUGUAAAAAUCUGUGUUGCCUGAUUACCAAAAGUCGUCCAGUUUUGACCAAGUCGGGAGGGAGUUUCUCCCGCGGGAUAGGCAUGAGAGAGAUCGUACAGAGUCUGUCACUCUAGGUCCUGCAUUCCAGACCUCAUGGGUCAUGGAAAAUCUGCAUGAAAAAUCGCGCACUCUUCCAGACCCACACAUUUUUACACUUGAUACGUCGUCAAAUUGAUACUUUAUUUCCGGCCUGAAACAAACACAAAGCCAACUAUCUGGCAGGAAGAUAAAAGCGCAGCUUCUACAGUUGCGAAUACAAGAAUCCAGGCCAUGGCUACUUCUGCAAACCAACUACGUAGUGUUGGUAGGACAUUUUCAGGCGCGAGGUGGAAGUAUCUCCCGGAUCAGGGAAAAAAGGUACAUAAUACAAAGAUGUCCAUUUUUGUGUCUGCGACGCCGUGAGAGUUGUUGUAAUGUCACAAGAACUCUGCGAUGAGUGUUUACAUAUAGUCAUAGACGACCUGUUGUAUAGAAGAUAUGGAAGCGGGACCGCCACGAUCGAAAUCGACAAAGUUGGAAAAAUGCGCGAUGCACAAAAUCGGCAUCAGUUGGAUGAAGCCCAAGCAAUCUCUUUCUCUAAGCUAGCUGCGCAUGAAAAUAAACUUCCCGAGCGCCGUUUUUUAUGAUCCAGUUCUUUGUCAUGCUGUUUGGGCAAAAAUGAAAAAAACGCUCUCUGUCGUGCUACUAUAGCAACUUCUCUAUCUAGUACUCCACGAUUUCCAAACAGGCUUGCAAUCGCCUUCACUCGCGUGCCCUCCGAUCCAGGUGGUUUGAUGUGCAGUGCUGCAUGUCACUCGUCAUAGAUUAUUUCGACUUUGUCGAUUUCGAUCCUGUAAAACCCUGGCACUUUGCUACUGCAAUGAAAAAUCGCAGCCAGGCAGCAUGGCGAGUGCGAGUUUUUCAGCUCCACCUACAUACGCGUUGCGCAUGAUUCCACCGCAUGUGUUGCAAUAACCUUUUUUCUUUGCACGAUGGCUAGAACAUCAAAGAGGCAAGUUUGGUGGGGUACUAGGUCCCCCUGUUCGUUCUGCGACUUUGCAGGACUGAUUUUUUAUUUGCAGGAGCGGGACUGCAUAUCCAUUUGAAACUGCAAAGAUGUCUCUCUGGGUCUGAAAGGAUUAUGCGCACUCGCGACGCGCAUUUCGCAACACGCGCAAAUCUAUGACUAUGCACAUGCAGCAAUAUUAAAUGUUGCCCAUCUCCGGACACCACAACUGGGAAUUUGUCGUUCGGAUUAGGCAUUGCUGAACCUGCUCGAAACCUGUGACCCUAUGCCAGACUUUCUGUGUCAUCCAAAAGGAGCACGGCAAAAUCUGCAUUCUUGACCGACCCAGACAAAACACCAGACAAGUUUGCACUGCAUAGGCCACUUCAGGGCAGAAGUUUGGCGACGCCCGUCUCCAGAGUUCAGCUAGAC